AUGGAGGCGGGUGGAGGCGCGCAGAGGUGCACAACGGCACGUCCUGAUGUGACGUGUACAGGCUCCGCCUUCAAGGAGUUUCGGCUGUCACAUGCUGCGGAUGGCGCCAGUGGGGGUACAGACGCAGGACACUAGAUACUCAAGGUUAGUAAAGUAUAUGUCUUAAUGCUAAUAUUGUUUUUUUUUUUUUUUCUUUAACAGGGAAUGGGGUCUUGUACAGGGGGGUUGAGGUCUUGUUCAGGGGGUUGGGGGUCUUGUGGGGCUGUGGUCUUGUACAGGGGCUGGGGUCUUGUACAGGGGGCUUGGGGUCUUGCACGGGGCUGGGGUUAUGUAUAGAAGGUUGGGGGUCUUGUAAUGGGGCUGGGGGGUACAAGGGGUUGAGGUCAUGUACGGGGGUUGGGGUCUUGUGCAGGGCGGAAGUUAUGUACAGGGGGGCUGGGGUCUUGUGCAGGGGGGCGAAGGUAAUGUACAGGGGGGCUGGGGUCUUGUUCACGGGGGUUGGGGUCUUGUACAUAGAACAACAAUGUCUUGUACAGGUCUUGUACAUAGAACAACAGUGUUGUUCUAUGAAAAUGUAAGUUGUUUUCUUUUGUGUGGCCCACAUAAACGUAAACUUUGUUUAUGUUGCCCAUGCUAGACUUUGAGUUUGACAUGCUUGCACUACACCAAUCAGUAUCUCCUUAGAGAGAUGCAUAGAGUAUUUCCUAAUAGAGAUUCACCCUCACAGUGUCACUUUAAAGAACAUAUAAAUGCUAGUGAAUGUAUAGAUGAAGAGUUAUGCUAAAUGUUUUUGGACUUUUGUGUUGCAGUAACCAUACUAUCACCAUAUCAGUAAAGAUAUCAUCUGAGGGUCUUGUGAGCCAGCCCACCUCUAAAUAAUGAGAUCUCACCCUCCAAAUUCUAGCAUGACUCUAGGAAUCGAUAAAUGCACAUCCAAUCGUUUGGGGCUAGGGUUGCUGAGUGUGCAGUUGUUCAUCCAGUCCAAGGCACCAUGUGGUGUGUGGAGGAAGACUGAAAGUAAGUAUAUCUUUUAAUCUAUACACUUGCUGAUUUAGCUUUCUUGCACCCUUUACCCUUCUAUUAAAUGGACAGUCUACGCACAGUAACUGCUACAGCUUAUUACAUAAAAUGCUUAAUUAACACUGACAAAAAAAUAAAAUUAAAAGACUUAGCGCUUUAUCUUUUGUAUACAUUUUGGUUAGUCGUCCAUGUAUAAUUGGGGUACUCUGGAGUUAGUGGUAGGCUCAAAGCGGUAUAUGCAACACAAUACCCAAUAUUUUGAAUCUGAAAUAGAUGUAUUAUUCCUUUUUAUUGUUCUAUUUUUACUGUAUAAUGAUGUAAUAUUGUGAUGGAAUUCCAGUAAAAUACAAGUUUAGCAGGCCAAGAUUGCCACAAGGCAUAUGUAGGUACAUGUGUUUGUAGUAUCAGUUAGUUAGUUACACGUAGCUAAGAUACUGUCAUCACUGUACUGAACAUGUGCAGGAAUGCAGGAACUGGAAUUACGCGUUCCUCUCCUUUGUUUCAGAUGAGCCACGUGGUUAGAUCGGAUGGAUGAGUUUAGACUCUAUUCAUUGAUUAGGUUAAGGGUAUGUGUGGGUGUAGCUAAUUAUGGGAGGAGCUACAGUGCUAUAUAAGGAAUGUACUCUAUGUAUUCAGUACUCAGAUCUUUGCUGUUUUUGGUGACAUAAGUCCCUCUGAGUCCCGGUCGGUGAAUCGAAUAAAGAUCUCUUCCUUCCUGAAGAAACCUGUGUCCAUCUCUCUGUGCUUGGCCUCCGUCAGUUUCCCAGUAACAUCUUUGGUGCAUUGGCCGGGAAGCUCGUCGUUAACGGUGGCUAGGAAGCAGAGGCGUGAGACGGUCUAUCUUUGCCCACGUUCUCUACGGCUGCACCCCUGAACUUCUGCGUGGACCUCCCUUCGUCUCGGCGCCACUGGUCUGUUGUCCAGGAGAUCAUCGGCCACUACGUAGUAAGUGCUGGGGUGUCCCCGUCGAUGAGUGUGAACUCAGGUUCAGGAACGAGGAGGUAAGACGACUACUGUUUUAGACGGUGGACCCACUAGGGGUAUUGGAUACCGAUUGUGCGGUAGGCCGAUAAGGGGUUUGAAUUGGAAUUGUGUAUGGAAUUGGCCCCCUCCAGAGAGGGAAGGAGCGAAGGCGCACCGCUCAUAAUUAGACGCCCUGUAGUCAGCCCGUCUAAUCUUGGUAUGGAGUCAGGCUGGGCCUUGGUUGAAUGUAUAUAGCCCAAGCCGGACACCGGUGUCUUGUCUAGACUAGCGUAUCUAGGGUGUACAUUUCGUUCGCUAGGUCGGAGGGACCGGGAGACUAAGCAGACUCUGGUGUACAUUGUCGUUUGCUAGUUCUCAACCUAUCUUGGCUAAGUGGGAAGGUGUGUAAAUUUGGAACCCACUAGACUAUUGAUAGAGUAGAUAGACUAAAAGGGUAUUGUUGUAAAUUCCGCCCUCUAGUUCGCUAUAUGUGGUGCUUGGGCAGCGACGGCUAACCAAAACGGAUGUAAAUAGUUUUAGGUAGUCCCUCGAGGUACUGUCCAAUAGAUUAGUUGGGAAACUGUAAAUGUGUUAAAAUUUAUUAUAGUAGAGUGUAUAUCUUGCUGGGUAGCGUGAGCUCUGCCGUCUAGCGAGAGUGUGAAUAGUGUGUAACUGUAUCAUAGCGCACGGUACCAUAACCAUGUAUUAUAAUCACUGAUACUGUAAAUAAUCACUAAUAACUGUCGUUUAUGUUGUAUGUUUAACACCAUAACUACUAUUAACUGACCUGUGACUUUAAAAUUGUAUUCUAACCAAUGCUAACCGUACUAUAACUACUGUUUGUAAAGACGAUGUUACUAGGGUGUGUUAUAGACGGGUAAUUUAAAUACUGAGAAUUAUAGCGUGGGUAAUUGUAUAAUUUCGCCAAAAAAGGUACAGUAAUAGUUAUUUAGUGUGUGGUGUAACAGCUGUGUGUGUACGGGAAUUCCCUGUAUGAUUUGUUGUGUGCGUUUGGCCUAGUAACUGUGCCACGUGGUGCUGUUGCCAAGGGAAACGGGUGUGACUGUUGGAAGUGUAUUUUGUUUUGUUUCUAUUGGAGACGACGCUCCAUUGUUAAGUAUGGGUGCGUUGGAUUCAAAGAUCGUUGAUCCCUUAGAUUGCAUGUUAAAGAAUUUUAAAAAGGGAUAUAAUGUAUGUGAUUUUGGGGUAAAGAUGUCUCCAACACGUUUGACUACUUUAUGUAGCAGGGAAUGGCCUGCCUUAGUGGUUGCAUGGCCUCCACGUGGUAGUCUUGAUCCUAAUCUAGUGCAGCGUGUACACGUAGCUGUAUCUAGUAGGCCGGAACUUUACGACCAGUUUCCAUAUAUUGAUUGUUGGAAACAGGUCGUGGAUGACUUGCCAAAAUGGAUCAGGGUGUGCCAAGAGGAGCAAUGCCGCCUCCUGUUGGCCAGAACUCGUUUGUCCACCAAGGCCGUGAUCACGCCCAUUCUGGACAUGCCCCCUGAGUCAGAGAUUCCUUUACCGCCCCCUUACUCCUCCUCUACAGGAAGAGGAAGAGGAGGUGCGGCUAGUAAUGCCACUCCCCUUGCCCCAUUGUCUCCUCCUACCCCAUCCUCUAGCUCAGAGCCUAGCCCACUUGUUCUAAACCCUCCCCUUCCGGUACCUACCCCCACUAACUCCACCUAUCCGGAUUUGACGUCAUUUCUGGUUCCUGGUCAGGCUCCUCCCAGCCCGGCCCGGAAUAUUCUGCUUACCAACCUCCCCUUCAGUAAAGAAAAAGCAUCCCCCUCCCCUCGUCUUACUAUCCCUCGACCGGAACCCAUAACUGACCUUCCUCAACGAAGCCCCAUACUAACCCGACAAUUGACCAGUACCCUCCAACCUUGACAUUAUCAAAUGCCUCUCCGAUUGACACCGGGCCCGACACACAUUAAUGGUGAAGGCCAGUUACAACAUGCCGACCCCGUAUUUGUUUAUGUUCCCUUUACCACUACGGAUUUGUUCAACUGGAAAACCCAUAACUCCUCUUACACAGACAAACCUCAAGCCAUGACAGAUUUGAUUACCUCCAUAAUCCAAACGCACAAUCCCAUUUGGGCUGAUUGCCAGCAAUUGCUUAUGAUAUUGUUUAAUAACGAGGAAAGGACUCGGAUUAAUCAGGCAGCAAUUAAAGCGCUUGAAGAAGUGGCCCGUGCACAGAAUCAGGCCAACCCGGUAGCAUGGGCCGCAGCUCAUUACCCAAACGUAGAUCCGAAUUGGAAUGUUAAUGGUGCUGAUAUGGCUCACCUAAAAGCUUAUAGGGAAGCCAUUAUUACUGGCAUGAAAGCCGGAGGGAAAAAAGCGAUCAAUAUGUCAAAGACGGCUGAGGUAUUGCAGAAAUGUGAUGAGUCGCCCAGUGCCUUUUAUGACCGAUUAUUGGAGGCAUACCGAUUGUAUACCCCCUUUAGUCCAGAGGCUCCUGAGAAUUCCCGGAUGGUUAACUCUGCCUUUGUCAGCCAGGCUUACGGAGAUAUUAAAAGAAAAUUGCAAAAGCUAGAAGGGUUUGUAGGGAUGUCUAUAACUCAACUAAUGGAAAUAGCAAAUAAGGUUUAUAUGAAUAGGGAGACAGAGACGAAGAAGGAAGAAGAGCGUAAGAUGAGAAGGAAGGCAGAUAUGUUAGCGGUAGCUAUCGCUGGUGUAGAUAGAAGGGAAAAGGAAGUGUACAGGGGAACCGAGAAAAGCGAGAAUAAGUGGAAUAGGGAGCCUUUAAGUAGGAACCAAUGCGCAUAUUGUAGGGAAGAAGGGCAUUGGAGGAGUGAGUGUCCAUUGAGGGAACAACAUGAGAGAGACAGAACAAGGGGAGGAUAUAGUAAUAACUAUAGAGGUAGAGUGAGAGGAAGAGGAGGCCCUGGAGGAAAUGGUGGGAAUAGUAGAGGAAGCGUUCAAGGGGAUAGGUAUUACCCAGCAGCGCAGAGACCGCGAGAAAGAGAAGAUAGGGACUUUGUGGGUUUGGCUGACACUGUCAUGGAGGACUAUUGAUACCGACCGGGCUCCAUCCCCCUUGGUCGAGUGGAGCCUAUGGUCGAUGUAGCAAUAGGGGGAAAAAGGAGUUCUUUCAUGAUCGACACUGGUGCUGAACAUUCUGUGGUAACCGACCUAGUUGCUCCUCCUUCAGGAAGAACUAUCACUGUAAUAGGAGCAACUGGGAGGAGUGCUGCUAAACCGGUUCUCAAAAGUCGACUCUGUACACUGGGAGGCCACGUAGUGAAACAUCAGUUCCUUUACAUGCCUGAAUGUCCAGUCCAACUUCUAGGACGGGAUUUGUUGUCGAAGUUACAAGCACAGAUAACAUUUCUGCCUAACGGAACGACAUCCUUGAAGUUUAAUGGACCCUCAGGUAUAAUGACACUAUCAGUACCAAAGGAAGAAGAGUGGCGACUUUAUACAGUGAUGACAAGUCAAAACCCUAAGAGUGAUGAAUCCUUGUAUAAUAUACCAGGAGUGUGGGCAGAAAAUAACCCACCAGGACUUGCUCGCAAUAUCCCACCUAUACGCAUCGAACUAAAGCUUGGGGUUUAUCCAGUAAGCCUGCGACAAUACCAUAUACCUCAAAAGGCGAAGAAGAACAUACAGUCUUAUUUGGAUAAGUUCAUAAGGUAUGGUAUCCUAAAAUUCUGUACUUCCCCCUGGAAUACUCCAUUGUUGCCUGUUCAGAAGCCUGGGUCAGAUGAGUAUCGUCCUGUGCAGGAUUUGAGAGCAGUCAGUGAUGCGGUAGUAAGUAUACAUCCAGUUGUGCCCAAUCCUUAUAACCUGCUUGCCUUGAUUCCGGGUGGGGCUACUUACUUUACAGUCUUGGACCUUAAAGAUGCCUUCUUUUGCCUACGAAUUGCUACAGAAAGCCAGUGUAUCUUUGCAUUCCAAUGGGAAGAUGCUGUAACAGGCUCGAAACGUCAGAUGACCUGGACAAGAUUGCCCCAAGGGUUUAAAAAUUCACCUACCCUAUUUGGAUCAGCAUUAAGUCAGGACUUAUUAGAUUUCAAGUCCAUCCCAGGAGAAUGUGUACUACUACAAUACGUGGAUGAUUUGUUGAUAGCGGCAGUUACUAAAGAGAUAUGCCAGCCAGCAACUUAUGAUUUACUGCACAUUCUUUGGAAGGCAGGAUACAAGGUGUCCAGGAAGAAAGCUCAGUUGUGUCAGCCAACUGUCAAGUAUCUGGGAUGCCAUAUCUCUGAAGGUCAAAGGAUAAUGGGGCCUGAAAGAAAAGAGGCUGUAUGCCAAAUACCAACACCUAAGAAUAGAAGACAAGUGCGAGAAUUCUUAGGGGCAGCAGGCUUCUGUAGGAUAUGGAUUCCCAGUUAUGCGAUACUGGCGAAACCCCUCUAUGCCGCUAUUAAAGGCACGGAACAUGAUUCCUUCCUGUGGACCAUCGAACAGCAGAAGGCAUUUGAGGAUGUUAAGAAGGCAUUGAUGAGCGCCCCCGCAUUAGGUCUACCUGAUCAUACACGUCCAUUCUACUUAUAUGUACACGAGCAAAGAAGGAUGGCUGUGGGAGUACUGACACAGUAUCUGGGAUCAUGGCAACGACCUGUUGCGUAUAUGUCCAAACAACUGGAUGUAGUAGCCAGUGGUCUUCCUCCUUGUCUAAGGGCCAAAGCUGCCGCCGCCCUGUUGGUAGCAGAAGCUGACAAGCUCACUCUGGGUCAGGAACUCUAUGUGCGAGUUCAGCACGCAGUACAGACGUUGCUAGACUAUAAAGGUAAUCAUUGGUUUAGCAAUAGCUUAAACCAAAACAGAGAAGAUUCGGGAUAUGGCUGUGUAAAUCUACAGAGAAAGCAUAAAACAAAACAUAGUGUGAUAUUGUUAUAAAACACAAUAUUUCAUGCGCAGUAAUCUUGUGCACUCACAGGAUGUAGGCAGUAAAAGCGCUCUUAGGGUGCCUUCCCCAAUGAAAUGGGGGGCUAGCUGGUGUUCCUUAUCACCUCUGGAUCCUUGUUCCACCAAAAGACAUCCACAGGUCAGGGUUCAGUAAUAAAAAAUUUAUUUAUAUAAAAAGUGUAGUCACCAAUUCAGCAUAGGAUACAAAUAACAAAAGGUUGUCCUACGCGUUUCGUUCUAUAAGAACUUCCUCAGGGACCACAAUUAAAAACAAUAAUAACAAUGUAUCAAUGUACAAUACAUGAACAUAUCCUAUACAAAUCCCCCCUCCCUGUGUCGUUAAAUAGGGCUAAUCCCUAAAGUCUAUUGGUGGAUCCAGUAGGUGUGUAAAUCCUCCUUGGUUCUAAUUGGAGGACUGGUCUUCCUGUGGCAGCUGUUUUUCAUCCAUUCAUUUUCUAUAAUUUAUAAUUCGCGCCUUUUUCGGUAAAUACCGGAAGUAGUCAUAAUUUGCCGAAACCGGAAGUGACGUCGCGGGAACGUCCGCGUUCCACAUGCGUUCCACCAGCAACGUCUCCAUGGCAACCGGAUGCGAUCAGGUAAUUCAAAGGUCAAAUGGAACACAGGACAAAUAAAAGAGCCCCAUUCUGCUUUAGAAAAAAACUGUUAACCAUGUUUAACACAUUUAGCCAUUAUUUAUAUAUAUAUCUGUUGAGUAUCACCCUCCUCAUUAAUCCCAUCACACAACAUAAUGUUAAUCCUCAUAUUAUACCCAGUAAUCAUAAUACCUCAAUAUAUUAUAAGCCUAAGGCUUCAUAUUACAAAGUGAUCAUAUUUCCUAUGUCUGUUAUUUAAGAGUUUUCUUUUUUUUUUUUUAUAAAACUUUAUACAUUGUUAAUCAAAGUGAACACCGUAAUCAAUUCAUCACUGUAUCAGUUUAAACUUCAAUUUGUCGUGUUAUUAUUUGUGCUCCCCAUAAAAAUCUUUGAGAUAAGCCUAUUAAACACAUUAAGGUAAUCCAUUGCUAUGGUUACAAAAAAAGGGGAUACUACAAAAUGACUACUUCCCAUAUAAACUUUAUUUAGUGAAUCUACCACAUUCAAUUUAUACCAGCUCUAAAAAUCCUUAGAGCAAACCCAUUAUUUAUAUUAGAAUAAUCGGUUAUUGUGUUUUUAUUAUAGUCUUUUGUGAUUUUUGGUCAUAUAGGACAAUAGAUCACAAAUUGUACAAAAAGAAAUAAAAUAAAAUAUAAGGGGUAUGAAAUAACUACUUGGUAUUUGAUAUAUAUAUAAAUCCUCUUUUUUUUAGAGCUGGUAUAAAUUGAAUGUGGUAGAUUCACUAAAUAAAGUUUAUAUGGGAAGUAGUCAUUUUGUAGUAUCCCCUUUUUUUGUAACCAUAGCAAUGGAUUACCUUAAUGUGUUUAAUAGGCUUAUCUCAAAGAUUUUUAUGGGGAGCACAAAUAAUAACACGACAAAUUGAAGUUUAAACUGAUACAGUGAUGAAUUGAUUACGGUGUUCACUUUGAUUAACAAUGUAUAAAGUUUUAUAAAAAAAAAAAAAAAAAGAAAACUCUUAAAUAACAGACAUAGGAAAUAUGAUCACUUUGUAAUAUGAAGCCUUAGGCUUAUAAUAUAUUGAGGUAUUAUGAUUACUGGGUAUAAUAUGAGGAUUAACAUUAUGUUGUGUGAUGGGAUUAAUGAGGAGGGUGAUACUCAACAGAUAUAUAUAUAUAAAUAAUGGCUAAAUGUGUUAAACAUGGUUAACAGUUUUUUUCUCAAGCAGAAUGGGGCUCUUUUAUUUGUCCUGUGUUCCAUUUGACCUUGAAUUACCUGAUCGCAUCCGGUUGCCAUGGAGACGUUGCUGGUGGAACGCAUGUGGAACGCGGACGUUCCCGCGACGUCACUUCCGGUUUCGGCAAAUUAUGACUACUUCCGGUAUUUACCGAAAAAGGCGCGAAUUAUAAAUUAUAGAAAAUGAAUGGAUGAAAAACAGCUGCCACAGGAAGACCAGUCCUCCAAUUAGAACCAAGGAGGAUUUACACACCUACUGGAUCCACCAAUAGACUUUAGGGAUUAGCCCUAUUUAAGGACACAGGGAGGGGGGAUUUGUAUAGGAUAUGUUCAUGUAUUGUACAUUGAUACAUUGUUAUUAUUGUUUUUAAUUGUGGUCCCUGAGGAAGUUCUUAUAGAACGAAACGCGUAGGACAACCUUUUGUUAUUUGUAUCCUAUGCUGAAUUGGUGACUACACUUUUUAUCUAAAUAAAUUUUUUAUUACUGAACCCUGACCUGUGGAUGUCUUUUGGUGGAACAAGGAUCCAGAGGUGAUAAGGAACACCAGCUAGCCCCCCAUUUCAUUGGGGAAGGCACCCUAAGAGCGCUUUUACUGCCUACAUCCUGUGAGUGCACAAGAUUACUGCGCAUGAAAUAUUGUGUUUUAUAACAAUAUCACACUAUGUUUUGUUUUAUGCUUUCUCUGUAGAUUUACACAGCCAUAUCCCGAAUCUUCUCUGUUUUGGUUUAUACUAUAUAUGAUAUAGGUCGCUUGUUUGGGUAACGACCUAGGGAGGCUGUCAUACAUCUUUAUAAGCUAAGUACUAUCGCUUUUUAUAUUAUUUAUCGAUUGUAUAUUGUUUGGGAUAUACUCAUAAGCUAUUGUUUAGCAAUAGCUGCAUGACUAAGUAUCAAGCCAUGUUAUGCGAGAACCCGAGAGUGCAUCUUGAGACUGUAAAUACCUUGAACCCAGCUACCCUCUUGCUGCAACCUACUGAGAGUCGACAUGAUUGCCUGGAGGUAAUUGAUGAAGUGUUCUCAAGUAGACCGGACCUUCAUGAUUUUCCCAUCCAGAACCCCGAUGUUCAGUAUUACACGGACGGCAGUAGUUACGUGAAAGAAGGGAUUCGCUAUGCCGGAUAUGCAGUGACAACUAUAGACAAGGUGAUAGAAGCGCGGCCAUUGUCAAAAGGAACGUCAGCACAGAAGGCAGAAUUAAUCGCACUUACACGGGCUUUGCAAUUGGCUGAAGGGUUGAAAGUAAAUAUCUACACAGACUCAAAGUAUGCGUUUUUAACCACUCAUGCCCAUGGAGCUUUGUAUAAAGAAAGAGGAUUACUGUCCUCAGAAGGAAAAGAAAUCAAGUACGCAGCUGAGAUAUUACAACUAUUGGAAGCUGUAUGGGAGCCGAAGGAAGUUGGUAUCAUACAUUGUCGAGCACAUCUGAAAGGUGAUGGUGAUGUGGUGAAAGGAAAUCGGAUGGCAGAUAGUGCAGCUAAGCGUGCCGCUGAAUCCGGACAAAAAGAAUAUGUGGAGUGUGUAGCAGCUCUUAUACCGACCCCUCUGUCCCAGUGGACUCCAGUUUAUACAGCUCAAGAAGUAGAGUGGUUAAAGACUGAAGCUGGGAAAUAUUUGGAGAAUAAUUGGUAUCAGUUAGAAGAUGGAAGAAUAGUUAUUCCAGCAUCGCUAGCUGUAGAAAUUGUCCAGAAUUAUCAUAAUGGGACACAUUCUGGAAGAGAUAGUAUGGAAGAAUCUCUUAGGAAGCAUUUCUACAUACCAAGAUUGUCCAACUUGACUCAAGCCAUUGUUCGAAGAUGCGUGUCAUGUGCCAAGAACAACGCAAGGCAAGGUCCAGUGAAACCACCGGGAGUCCAGUACAUGGGAGGGCUUCCUAUGUCCGAUCUCCAAAUAGACUACACGGUAAUGCCCAAAUCCGGCGGACAUCGUUACCUACUAGUAGCUGUGUGUACCUACUCAGGAUGGGUAGAGGCGUGUCCAACUCGUACAGAGAAAGCAGGAGAAGUUGUGCGAUUUCUGUUGCGAGAAAUAAUACCCCGAUAUGGACUACCGUGUUCUAUAGGAUCAGAUAAUGGUCCAGCUUUUGUCCAUCAGUGCCUACAACAACUGACUCAUAUGCUUGGUAUUAAGUGGAAACUUCAUACAGCAUAUAGGCCUCAGAGUUCUGGGAAAGUGGAAAGGAUGAACAGAACCAUUAAGACCCAGUUGGCAAAAAUGUGUCAAGAAACCCAACUCAAGUGGAAUGUUCUUUUGCCAAUAGCUCUGUUGCGCAUUCGUAGUACACCUACCAGAAAGUUAGGUCUAUCACCCUUUGAAAUUAUGUAUGGGCGUCCACCUCCCAUACUUAGUAACUUAAGGGGGGACUUGAGUCAGUUGGGAGAAGGAAUUACCUGGCGGCAGGUUGUAGAGUUGGGUAAAACUAUGGAGGAGGUACAGAAAUGGGUACAAGAUAGGUUACCUGUAAAUAUUUAUCCACCUGUCCAUUCUUACCAUCCAGGAGACCAAGUUUGGAUAAAGGAGUGGAACAGUGUACCGUUGGGGCCAAAGUGGAGGGGUCUUUAUGCUGUUCUUUUGUCUACUCCAACAGCUAUAAAGGUGGCAGAGGUGACUCCGUGGAUUCAUCACUCCAGGGUUAAACCAGCAGCAGAUUCUUGGCAAGCUACUCAAGAUCCUGAGAAUCCCUGCAAGAUCCGGUUGAAGCGAGUGACCCAGUUAGAUUAAAAGUGUUUUUUGCGAAGAGUAUUGUUACAAGGGAACAUCAACAAAGAUCUACAAGUAGGUGUUUUGACGGCCACAAUAAAGCCUGACCACCUACCAACGUUUAAGCCAGAGGAAUCCUCUGUGAAGAACAGUGAGGAUCAGAAGGACUCCAUUCCCUGCAGCCCUCACACGCCUGGAAGCUGAGGUGCCGUCGCACGGUCGAAGAAUUAGGAAGAAGAUGUCAGGAGUAAUGUGUUUGAUGAUGUAUAUAUGUGUGUUUUUAAUUAUUCAGGAAGGUAGAGGUACCGACACACCAGGCUGCAAGGUUUGCAUUAAGACUACGAAAACAGGCAGUUGUAUUUCCCAGACCCUUAUUUGGCAUUCGCAAUAUGAGUGCACAGGACAUGUAUCAAAGUGUAGAUACCUAGGUACAGAUUAUAGUGUAUGCCAUAUAGGAGCAGGAGAACCUAGGUGUUUUAAUCCUGAGUAUCAGCCCCGUACAAUUUGGUUGACUAUUCGGAAUGAGAACGCACAGGGGAACCUGAUAAAUAAGACUGUACUAGAAAGCGUACAUUCUCCAGGUGUUUUGCUAUUUGAUGCAUGUAAGGCGAUAUCAGGUAGUAGGAAGCCAUGGAAUGUAUGUGGUGGUCUUAAAUGGGAAAGAACGUAUGGGUCUAAUGAUAAGUAUAUUUGUCCUAGUAAUAAGCAUAAGUAUAUAGAUCCAAACUGCCUAAAUAAAGACUACAAUUAUUGUCCGUAUUGGUCCUGUGUGGGAUGGGCAACCUGGGGACAGACAGUAGAUAAGGAUAUGAUUAUCACUAGAUUGCCUAAUAAUCCCAAUAGACAACAUAUAUAGGAGUGACACUCCUAUAUAUGUUGUCUAUUGGGAUUAUCAUCAUUAUUAUUAUUUCUUUGUUGGCUUCCUGCCUCGGGGUGGGCUAUGGAUACCUUAUAACCUCAUUGCGAUAGAAGACUGCAUACCAGCAAGCACUCAGUUGAUAGUUAACAUAGUUGGAUUUUGAUAACAUAUUCUAUUCAAAUAGUUACGAUUACUUCAACUGGCUAGUGUUCACUUCUAUUGCUUAUUUAUUUGUACUCUGCACAGGUCUUUUUGUAGCAACAGUAAUUGGAUACAAUUAUUAGAGGGAUCGUUCUGACCCUUAUCACUCUUGCUACUUAGAAGUACAACAAUUCCUCUAGCCAUAAUUAAAGUCUGUUUUGACUUGAUUUAUUCCACCUUUUAGACCACAGGAGUUUAUUAUAAGGCUCUUUGAAGAUCAUGCAUACGUUUUAGACAUGGACAACCUCGGUUGAUCACAUUAAAGUCCUGAGUCUAAACACAAUAUUUAUGUCCAAGAGUUUUGCAGACAGGAGAAUAGCCAUUAGGCUAUGUUAAUUCACUUUAGUUCCAUGUAUGAACACUCUAUAUAUUUCUAUGAUCCAUCUUUUCAUUGUUUAUAUUUAUUUAUUUGACUCCUGAUUUUCCAGUUGACAUUCCUGUCUCUGGUCUCAGCAACCAGUCACAGGAAGGUUGUUGUUUAGAUCGCAAAGUCUAGUCUGGUUUAUGGCAACUUGAGGUGUAAGCAAACUAUGAUUGGUGAUGCAUCUGGAAUUAUUUUAAAUCAGAAGCAUCAAAGGGGGGAAUGUGAUGGAAUUCAAGUAAAAUACAAGUUUAGCAGGCCAAGCUUGCCACAAGGCAUAUGUAGGUACAUGUGUUUGUAGUAUCAGUUAGUUAGUUAGUUACACGUAGCUAAGAUACUGUCAUCACUGUACUGAGCAUGUGCAGGAAUGCAGGAACUGGAAUUACGCGUCCCUCUCCUUUGUUUCAGAUGAGCCACGUGGUUAGACCGGAUGGAUGAGUUUAGACUCUAUUCAUUGAUUAGGUUAAGGGUAUGUGUGGGCGUAGCUAAUUAUGGGAGGAGCUACAGUGCUAUAUAAGGAAUGUACUCUAUGUAUUCAGUACUCAGAUCUUUGCUGUUUUUGGUGACAUAAGUCCCUCUGAGUCCCGGUCGGUGAAUCGAAUAAAGAUCUCUUCCUUCCUGAAGAAACCUGUGUCCAUCUCUCUGUGCUUGACCUCCGUCAGUUUCCCAGUAACAGCACCAGAAGCACUUUCCUGCUGGCUUCUCUCUCUUUCCAAUUCACAGGACUUCUGAGUUGGGAUGUAUGCAACAGUCCUCCUGACCCCGGGUGACAGAGAUGGUAUGUUGGGUGAUUGGUAGGACUCAAGUCACACAAUCAAAUCACAUGACUUGUAGAUCUGCCAACUAUGGCUGGUCUGCUAACGGGAAAUUAUUUAUAUAUUGAUAGGCAGGCAUAGCAUCACGUACAGAGUCAUCACAUCUUAUUGUUCAUGUGCCCCAUGAUUACAGGCUAAAGAAGAGAGCAGCAAUUCAGAGCAUCCCAUACACAGUGCUUGCGUUUGGACUUGAAUUGCUAUAGAAUUGUAGCUUGAGCACAAUUAAAGGAACACACCAGGCACCAUAACAACUUAAUAUCAAUGAACUUGUUAUGGCGCGUGUAGGUUCUGGGUGUCAUUUGUCCUUAUGGUGAUCAACUGUUUAUGAACAAUUUAACCCCAAAGUGAUGUAGAUGGUGCCCAUCCGCUCUGUCGCUCUUCUUCCAGUGUAGUCAAGACAUUAAUGAGAAAGCCUCACACCGGGAGUCAGCGAUAUGAUGAGAACGUCAGGCCAAGAUUGUCGCUAACUUCUCACUGAGAAAGUAAUGCACCUAUCAGCCUAUCACCGGCUCCCAGUCCAAGGCUUUCUCACUGACGUUUCGGACUUUACCGGAGAAGAGGGGCAGAACGGAUGUUCUAUAUAUAAUUGGGGUUAAACCUUUUGUAAAUAAGAUAAGAUGGCACUCAGGCCGUCCAAGCACUAUAACAACUUCAUUGAGAGGAGCUGGUAUAUUUUUCCGAGUGGUCUUUUAAAGAAGAUUUCACGCGCCAAGGGUGUCGAAAAUACUGAAAGCCAAUCACAUCAUGUGACAAAAUAUCUGAUUUUAAAGAAAUCCUACAAGUGUGAGGAUGUUCCUCCAUGAUGCCCUGUUCACACUGCAUUCCUGAAUCAAGAAAUUAAUAUAAAGUUUAUCUUCAUCUGAGGUGUUAGAGCUUUAUAAACGUUUAGUUCUGACAGAUAGCUAAGGGCAGUGAGGCCACUGCGAAAAGGAUUUGCCAGGUGCAAAGAUGGCUGACGGGGCUUCAUCCUACGUCACGCCACGUCACGUGGGCGGCGCUCCAGCUCAGCCCGCAGCUCUGUGGUCACAGCAGCUGGCGCGUCACGCGCGGGAAGGGGUUCCGGUGCGCGCGGAAGGUCACGUGUCGGUCUCGGUCUGGUGACGCGGCGACACCGAGAGCCGCCAUCUUGCGUGACCGGCUAAAGGUGGGAGGAGCACCCCGAAACCCGGUGAGUGUGGUUUCCCAACAUGCUCCACGCGGGGCCUGGCCCACAGAGUGCGCACUCUGUUUAUAUCUGUCUGCAUCGCUUUCUUUAUAGUGACUGACACCGUGCGGGGUAUGGGGGGGGCUGUAUGUAUCGGUCAGUGACUGGGUAUGGGGGGGGCUGUAUGUAUCGGUCAGUGAUGUAUCGGUCAGUGACUGGGCAUGGGGGGAGCUGGGUCAACUGGUAUGGGCUAAUGAUCGGUCGACUGGCAGCUGGCCUACGGUCAGUGACUGCGCUGGGUGUGAGUAGGGCUGUAUUCGUCAGUAUCAUUCUUGGUAGCAGCACAGGUGCUGUAUGUAUGUCAGUCUGGGGGGGCCGUAUGUACGGUCAGUGACUGGUAUGGGGGGGGCUAUGACCAGUCGGUCAGUGACUGGGCGUAUGGGGUACUGUAUGUAGAGGCAUGGGGCAUGUACAUAUAUCCCAUGGGGGGGGGGCUGAAGUCAGUGCUAUGGGGGCGUAUGUAUGGUCAGAGACUGCAGUGGGGUAUGGGGGGCUGUAAGUCAGUGACUGGUAUGGGGGGGGGGCUGUAUGUAGUCAGUGACUGGUAUUGUAUGUAUCGGCCAGUGACUGGGGGUUGUAUGUCAUGACUAUGGGGGGCUGAAUGUCAGUGACGGCUGGGGGGGCUGUAUGUAUCAGUGACUGGGAUGGGGGGCUGUAUGUAUCGGUCAGUGACUGGGUAUGGGCUGGGCUUAUCAGUGACUGGGUAUGGGCUGUAUGCAUCAGUCAUGGGGGCUGUGGGCAGGGCUGUAUGGUGGCUGGGGGGCUGCAUGUAUCGUCAGUGACUGGUAUGGGCUGUAUUUGUCAGUGACUGGCUGUAUCGGUCAGUGACUUAUGGGAGGCUGUACUGUAUGGCCAGUAACUGGGUAAGGGGGGCUGUGGCGUAUCGGGUCAUGACUGGGUACUGGGUAUGGGGGCUGUAUGUGUCCUUAUAUCACUGGGGGCUGUAUGUAGGUCAUGAGAUGGGGCUGUAUGUCAGUGACUGGCAUGGGGGGCUGUAUGUAUCGGCUCAGACUGACUAGGGGGUGUAUGUAUCGGUCAAGUGACUGGGUAAUGGGGUCAGUACUGGGUAAGGCAUACUCAGUGACUGGCAUGCGGGGGCUGUAUACUGCUAUCGCAGUCAUUGACUGCAAGGGUGGCUGUCCAGUAUCGGUCAGUGACUGCAGUAGGGGCUGUGCCGCAGUGCUGCAAUGGGCUGUAGUGACUAUCGGUCAGUCAGUGACUGGGUAUGGGGCCAUCCAUCGGCGUGACAGCUGCAUGCCGCCAGUGUACUGGCGGGUCAGUGACUGUAUGUCGGUCCAGUGACUGGGUAUGGGGGCUGUACUGUAUGUCAGUCCACUGCGGGGCUGGGGCGUAUCGGUUAGUGACUGCAUGGGGGCUGUAUGUAUCGGACUGCAUGUAUGACUGCGCUGGUAUCGGGUGCAUGCUGUACCGGCCAGUGUGCACUGGUGGGCUGGUCAGUAGAAACUGUAUGCAUCGGCCAGGACUGGCAUGGGUGGCGUAAUGGGUCAGUGACUGGUAUGGGGGCUGUAUGUAUCGGUCAGUGACUGGGGGGAGCUGCAGUGUAUCGUCAGUGAUCAGUAUGGCUGUAUGGUAUGGGGCUAAGGGGGCUGUAUGUACGUCAGUGAUUGGUAUGGGGGUUGUACUGUUGUCAGUGACUGGGCAUGGGGGGCUGUGGUAGAGGCUGUAUACCGGGUCAGUGACUGGGUAUGGGGAGGCUUGCAUCGUCGGUCAGCGUAACUGCUGCCGGACUGGCAUCGGGUGGGGGCUGUAUAUGUAUCGUAUCGUCAGUGACUGGGUAUGGGGCUGUAUGGGUGAUGCGCUGUAUGCCUGUAUGUCAGUGACUGGGUGAUGGGGGGUCUGUGACUGUAUCUGGUCAGUGACUGCGUAUGGUGUGCAUGGGGCUGUAUGUAUCGUCAGUAUGUAUCUGUGUAUCAGUGACUGGGUAUGGGGCUAGUGACUGGGUAUGGGGGCGGGUCAGUGACUGGGUAUGGGGCUGUAUGUGUCGGUUAGUGACUGGGACUCGGUCAGUGACUGGGGGGCUGUAUGCCGGUCAUGUAUGGUCCAGUACUGGGUAUGGCUGGUAUCGGUCAGUGACUGGGUAUGGGGGGGGCUGUAUGUAUCGGUCAGUGACUGGGUAUUGGGUUUACAGGUGAAGACCAAAUAUGUCUUCUCUGCUGCAAUCAUAGCUUGGCUUUUGCUGCCUGUAUUUUGCUGUUUGAAUUAACAUUCACUAAAGCAGGGGAACGCAACCUUCGGCACUCCAGAUGUUAUGGACUACAUCUCCCUAAAUACUCUUAAAGACGUCCACAGCAUCUGGAGUGCCAAAGGUUGCCUAACCCUUCAUUGUGACUAAAAUAUAUACCAAUUUGCCCUAAGUUGUGGUAGAGUAGUAUGUUUUUAUUAUGAUGCAAUGGGUGGAACUCAGAAUACGGCCUGUGACACGUAAUUGAAGGACAUUGUAACUAUCUUAUGAUCGGCAGAUUGAUGACUCUGUGAAAAGUUCCUGGAUGUGUUGGGUAUAGUCUUUCUGUACUGUACCUUGCGCGUUUUAGGUAUGGGCUGCUAGAAAGAUCUACGGUGACUGUGUAACAUACAGGUGUGCCAUUUGGUCUUGUUUAAUAUACUUGGAUUGUGUUACACUGGUUUACGUUUUCAAUGAACAGAGAUUUAUGCAGAAUCAGUCAAGAACAUUGCAAAUUUUAGGAAAAAAUAGCCUGGCUAGAAAUGCAUAUUUCAGUAAUUCUGGAAAUGAAAUUCUUAAAGGUUGUACUCUUGGUCUUGGUUCUGGACUUGACACAAAUCAUUAGCAACUUUACGAGAUCCAUUUGUGAUUGUGAAAUAAAGUUGUUGCCAAGUUACUACAGUUAUUUAGCUACAAAUGUGGCUGAUUUAGAGAAUUGUUUCCAGUUCAGCCAUCUUGGCCGGUAGUCCUUCUACCAUUUCUUUAUAAUUCCUGGAUUAGAGAAUAACCUUCUAAAUCAUUCUGCAUAUAUUACUUGUAUAUAGUUCAUGUGUUGUACAGGUUUAUACAGGUAUAAAGUGUAUUGGUGCUAAACACCGUGCAUGUGUUUUUACUAGUGUAUAUUGUGUUAUUCUGUUGGGGUUCUACUUGGUCAGCAUUCAGGAUUACCAAAACAAGCUAAAAUUUAAUUGAAAAUUUCAUGGAUUUGUGUAUUCGAUAUUUAGCAAAGGCAAAGCUGGGACAUCGAUGGAGGAGCAAUCUGGUAUCCAUUAACAAUUAGCAGAGAAUCCAACUUAUCUCUGUACUAGAUCUAUAUGAAUUUGCUAUGUCGAAUUGUAAUGAAAUAUUGGAUCUAUUUGUAUUUUAUUUUUUCUGUUUUUGGCAAUAAAAAUGAAUAUAGCUUAGCAGAGGAUUGUGCCAAUCCCAUACCAAGUAUAGGAAUUGUGUGUGUGUGUGUGUGUGUGUGUGUGUGUAUAUAUCUCUAUCUCUUUCUUUCUCUCACACCAAAAAAUUACCAAAUUUGAUCAUAUGUUUCAGUAGGAGACACAUUAUCUAAAUAAGCUCACCUGUUUUUGCAUACGAAACCAUUGUUAUCCACUAUAUUUAUCUUCUGAUCACGCAAGCAGUCAGCAAAUAUUAAAAGAAACAAACAACUAGUUGUUUUCCCAAUAUUAGAUUGUAUAUGAGCAACUAGAAAUGUGUGCAAGAAUAUUUUUCUAACAUUUUUAAAUGUAAUGUAUGAGUAUUCGAAUCAAUAGAACUUGCAAAUUACUUAUGGAAUAUUAUUUAUAAAGCGUCAACAAAUUCCAUAGCGCUGUACAAUAGGUGGUUGACAAACAAGGAUGUACAACAAGACAAGAUAGACGCAGAGGAACAGUGUGGGGAGCCCUGCUCAAACAAGUUUACAUUCUAGUGGGAGUGGGGCAAAGUAAAACAAAAGGUAAGGGUAGGAUGUAUUUCAUAUAUGGGAAAAGGUAGCUUACACUGAAGCGUUAGGUUUUUGGGGUUUUUGGAUGAUGCAGGAGAGGAAGCAAGUUGGGUUACCAAGGUGCGGGGAGGGAAAGCUAUUAACAGUUUUAUUGAUAUUGAGUUAUUAAUGAUCCUUUGAAAGAAUUGAAUAUGUGAUACUUGUCAGUUCUACUCCCACCAUGCAUGAGCGACAAGGUAACUAGCAUCUAAUAUGUUGAGUGAUGAAAUUUUAGGUAGUAAAUAGAUAUUAACAAGCCCAUUAGAAAAUUGCUAGGGCGGAGAUGGUGAAAAGAUAUGAAAGAGAAGCCACAGGCACAGAUAGUACAACUAUGCAUCAGAAGUCAUCCCUCUUUUGUCUGAUGAAUUGCACACAGCAAAGCCACUCAUGCAAUUGUGUUUAUGCUAACACUUGUUUAGAGGCAUGGGCUUGUCUCUUGUCAUUUUUACUACGAUACCCUUUUUAAUUUGUUUAUUUUGAUUAUAAUUCUAUCUCUCAACAUUAAUCUAAUUUUCUCUUUCUUUUUAAUGUACCCUUUCUUCUUUCUUUCAUCUUUUUGAUUCUUCCACUUUCAUGGAUUUCAUCUUCCUUCGCUUCAUCAGUACAUUAUCACACACUACCUUUCUCUCUCUUCUUUAAUAAAACCAUCCUCAAACCACCUGCACUUCCUCUUUCUCACGGUCUUAUCCAACGUGUAUUUGACAAGUGACCGGUUUGUAUUAAGCUACCUGUAGAUGCCCGUUGGGCACAGCAAUUCAGUAUCCAUUGUGCCUGUCAGUAGGCAGCGCAUGGAUGUGAUAUCACAUAUUUUCACAGAUGCUGAUGCUGCAUAUAUACCAUGUACACCAUUGCCCACCACAAUUCCAGUAUGGGAUCCUUUUAUUGCUUAGGAUCUUCAUCAUCAGGAGGGAGAACAAGCUGCAGUGUGAAACUGCUGGUCACUGGCUCCAUAAGAAAAAAUAUCACAAGUGUCCACUUUCUUCGUGGCCACUGAACGUCCACACUUGGCUCCCUUUAAAUUGCUUUCUGGACUCUGUGCUAUAGCUACUUGGUUCCCCUUGCUUUCCCAAUAUAAAAUAAAGCCAGCGUACUCUAAAAGUGCUUGGAAGUGAGCACUAUAUCUGCUGCUGCUGGGCACACAGAGAAACUGCACUGUAACAAAAAGUAUAGUUUCAUAAAAUAUGAAAUGCUUCUAUUGAUCUUGGAAUUUCCUUGACAUUCCUAUGCAAUCAUAAAGUAUCCUAAGAGAAAGGUGGGACUUAAUUUUAGGGUGGAAGUUGGCAGAAGGUGACUCUUCUAAUGGCAAGGUGUUCUAUGGAAUGUCUCACAGUAUUCUUCAUAAGUCUCCCUUCUUGUGCAUCGAUUCACCUCACAAAGAACGGGGAUGUCCUCUUCAGGGGAAUUUUGCUUAAUAUGCAGAAAUGCUUUAAAUUUUAGCCAAUAGGGAGUGAGAUCUUUUAGUCUUUAGUCCUAAUCUACAGUAUAAGUAGACAAACUUAUGUCAGGUCCCAUUUCUAUAUUGUGUAACGUUAGAGCAUAUUGGAUCCAUUCGAUUUGUUUUUCGAGUGUUUAUUGUAUUAGCACUUUUCUGUGUAUGGUCCUCAUGUAUAUUGGAACCACAGCCACAUCCAUGACGUGCUCCAUUUCAAGAGCAGUAUUUAUAGUAAUUGACAUCCAUAUAUUAUAUCCUACAUCAUCCAUGUGCGCCCAAAACAUACAAGUACAUUUACGCAGGACACAAUGUAUACUUAUUUUGACGAAGGUGAGACACAUUCUAAUCUAAAACCACAACGUGCGUCUAAAGUGGAGUGGUGGUCAUACUAUUUAACCUAUGUAGAGGAUGCACACAAGCUUACUAACAAGCGUUAAAGGGACUCCACUUCCCAAAUCAAGCUUAUACAGCUGCUUGCCUCAAGCCUGUGCAAGCUCUUCCCAACUCUCCCCUCUUCCCGAUCCAGAUUUUCUUUGGUUCUCCAAAUACAGACUUCCCAAUGCAGCUCAAUGAAAAUUCUUUGCAAUGCAGGAUCUCUUAGCAAUUACUGCUUCUUGAGUUUUAGCUCGACUGAGCCAAGCUACCAGGAAGUAACCUAUUUUCUGAUUGACAGCCAAAGCAAGUUUAUAAAAGUGCCAUUUUCUUUUGAUAUCUACAGUUUGUGUAAAACGAAAAAAAGACACGUUCUUAACACUUAAAGGACUCUGGUCACCAUAACAACUUGAUGUAAAUUAAGUUGUUAAGGCGCCAGGACAACCCCGGGUGUACUCUUACCAUAGGGGGUUAAAGGACUGGAGGCAACCUUUGCAGUUUAACCCCAAAGGUUGCCUCCAAAACCAAUCUCCAUGUCCCCGAGGCACAUUUGAGUUACAAGAAGCGAGGUGCGCUGCUGAGCAGGAGCACCAAUGAUUGGCUUAAGUGGUCAGCUGAAUAGUUAAUUAUUCAUAGUAGUUUAGUUUUCACUCCCUAUAUUCUUCAGGAUGUGAGUUAAAUUAAAAAUAACUGGAAUCUUCAGGAACCUAAUGUAAUGUAUUUUUUUUGCUAAUUUUAAAACCGCCCCCCUCUGACGUGGACACAUGUAAACAUUAUGUCGGUUACAUGUAGCACUCGCUUUAUUACAUUAAAUGUGUGUAUUAAAAUUUCUAUUACUGGGAAUACAGCCCAGCUCAUGGAAAUGCUCCUGGCCAACCAAAGAGCAAAAUAACCCCUGCAUAUUACUCCCAUUUAUAUUGGGCAGAAUGGUGACUCUCUGGUCACAUAUAAUUGCCUGUUAUAUCGCUUGGUAACUCUUGCCAAACAACUGGGCGAUCUUAUGUUCACCUUUACGAUACACACACCACCAUACCACUGCCACACUCAAAGCUCCAGAACAAAAACAAUUAAAUGUACUUCCUCCGAUUCAUUACAGAAGAAUUUAUUUGUACAGAGAAAAAAAAAAAAAAACAACUUGCAUGGGAUGGGCAGAAAAGUCUGUGUUUUGCUUUUAAACAGGCUUUUCUCGACAGCUAGUUGGGGAAAAUAUAGAAACACAGUGUAAGUGUGAAAUAUGUCCAGCUGAUCUGUUUUUGCACAAAUGUAAUUUCUUUCUUUUUUUUUUUUUUAAGAAAUGUGCUUAGUGGAUUUUCAUUAUUGCUGUUCUUGAAGUAAUAUUGCAUCAUUGGUCCCAUAGUGUCUGUGUAUCGUAGUGGCAAGUUUCUUUCUAGGAAUCAGCAGACAAUUCCAGCCCACAUCAGUGACUUCAGAAUGUUUUCAUACGCCUACCUCUCCUUCAACCCGUUGUCACCCGUAUUGUGGUGGAAUCUCGGUAAAAAUAAAUUUAGUAGGCCGAGAUUACCACGUGGCAUGUGUACGUGCAUAUGCUGACGUAUCGAUCAGUUGGUUGCACGAGGCAAGAUACGAUCAGUAGUGUACGGAGCAUGUGCAAGAAUACAGGAUGUAGUAUUCCCCUCCUCCAUUGUGCUGGACAAGCCAUGCGGUCAAGCAGGAAGUUAAUUCUUAUUUGUAAUGAUUGGUCAAGAGAAUGUGCGGGUGGAGCUUAAUAUGGGAGGAGUUAUGUGCCUAUAUAGGGAGCCUGCACUAUUGUUCAGGGCUCAGAACUUGCUGUAUUUUUGGUGACAUUAGUCCCUCUGAGUCCCGAUCGGUGAUCCAAUAAAGAAUCUCUUCCUUCCUGAAGAAACCUGUGUCCAUCUCUCUGUGCUUUGCUUCCGUCAGUUUCUCCGGUAUCAGUAUAAUGUAUAAUGCAUUUGGAUCAGUCAGUUAUGUUCUCAUUAGUAGCAUGCACAUCCUUUUUCUCCUAAUUGUUUUCACUGUUCUGUGUCAGUACAAGCCCCAAUGUUUAGGUAGUUCUCACCAUUUUAGGCCCAUUGUUCCCAUAUCCCGCCAUGAGGUCUUUAUAAUGUUCUUCCCCCAUCCUGUACAUUGGGGGUCUUCCUCUUUGCCUGGUAAAUGUUGCUAAGUGUGCUAUGUAUCUUUGUGGUAAACAUAGGUCUACUAGUCUCUUUUUGGACCCACUGAAAAGUAGAAACCUAGAAUGUGACGGUAGAUAAGAACCAUUCGGCCCAUCUAGUCUGCCCAAUUUUCUAAAUGCUUUCAUUAGUCACUGGCCUUAUCUUAUAGUUAGGAUAGCCUUAUGCCUAUUCCACGCAUGCUUAAGCUCAUUUACUGUGUUAACCUCUACAGAGGACUUACACUUCAGAUGGAAGGCUAUUCCAUGCAACCACUACCCUCUCAGUAAAGUAAUAUUUCCUGAUAUUAUUUUUAAUCCUUUGCCACCUAAGACUGUCCUCUUGCUGUGGUCGUUUUUCUUCUUUUAAAUAUAGCCUCCUCCUUUACUGUGUUGAUUCCUUUUAUGUGUUUAAAGUGACACUAUAGUCACCAGAACUACAGCUUAUUAAAUUUGUUCUGGUGAGUAGAAUCAUUACCUUCAGGCUUUUUGCUGUAAACACUGUCUUUUCAGAGAAAAUGCAGUGUUUACAUUACAGCCUAGUGAUAACUUCACUGGUCACUCCUUAGAUGGCUGUUAGAGAUCCUUCCUGGGUCAUGGCUGCCUAAAAUGCAUCCAAACAUCCAGUGUCUCCUCCCUCUGCAUGCAGACACUGAACUUUCCUCAUAGAGACUCAUUGAUUCAAUUCAUCUCUAUGAGGAGAUGCUGAUUGGCCAGGGCUGUGUUUGAAUCAUGCUGGCUCUGCCCCUGAUCUGCCUCUUUGUCAGUCUCAGCCAAUCCUAUGGAGAAGCACUGUGAUUGGAUCAAGCUUCCACUUCUGAUGAUGUCAGCAGACUGCUUGUUUUUUGUAGGCAAACAGAAUGCAGAUCUACAACUUCAGGCUUGAAUACAGUAAGAUUUUGCUAUAUUUAUGGAGACAUGAGGGGCCCAGGGGGACUAGAUGGUGGUGUUAUAGGGCCUAUAGGGUCAGGAAUACAUGUUUGUGUUCCUGAUCCUAUAGUGAUCCUUUAAAUGUUUCUAUCAUAUCCCCCCUGUCUCGUCUCUCCUCCACGGUAUACAUUUAAGAUCCUUUAACCUUUCCUUGUAAGUUUUAUCCUGCAAUCCAUGAACCAGUUUAGUAGCCCUUCUCUGAACUCUCUCUAAACUAUCUAUCCUUCUGAAGAUACGGUCUCCAAUACUGCAUACAAUACUCCAAGUGAGGUCUCACCAGUGUUCUAUACAAUGGCAUGAGCACUUCCCUCCUUCUACUGCUAAUACCUCUCCCUAAGCAUUCUGCUAACAUUUCCUGCUGCUCUAUCACAUUGUCUGACUACCUUUUAAAGGACCUCUGUAGGCAUCCAGACCACUUCAGCUUAAUGAAGUGGUCUGGGUGCCAGGUCCAGCUAGGGUUAACCAUUUUUUUGUUUUUUUUUUAUAAACAGCAAUUUCAGAGAAACUGCUAUGUUUAUAAUAGGGUUAAUUCAGCCUCCAGUGGCUGUCUCUUGACAACCGCUAGAGGCGCUUGCGUGCUUCUCACUGUGAUUUUCACAGUGUGAAGACGCCAGCGUCCAUAGGAAAGCAUUGUGAAUGCUUUCCUAUGGACUGGCUGAAUGCGUGCGCAUUCAGCCGAAGAGGAGGAGGAGGAGAGCUCCCCGCCCGGCGCUGGAGAAAGAGGCAAUUUUAACCCCUUCCUCUCCCCAGAGCCUGAGGAUGGGGGCACCCUCAGGGCACUAUAGUGGUCCUUUAAGUCAUCAGACAUAAUAACCCUUAAAUUCCUUUCCUCAGAUGUUAAAGUUAGGACUCUAUCAAAUAUUCUGUACUCUGCCCUUGGGUUUUUACUUCCAAAAUGCAUUAUCUUGCACUCAUCCACAUUAAAUGUCAGUUGCUACAACUCUGAUCAUUUUUCUAGUUUACCUAAAUCAUUUGCCGUUUGGCUUAUCCCUCCUGGAACAUCAGCCCUGUUACAUAUCUUAGUAUCAUACUUUACCAUCAAGACCUUCUGCAAUAUCACUAAUACAAAUUAUUAAAUAGAAUGGGUUCAAGUACAAAUCCCUGAGGUACCCCACUGGUGACAAGCCCAUGCUUCGAAUGUACUCUAUUAACUUCAAUCCUCUGUUGCCUGUCACUCGGCUACUGCUUUACCCAUUCUACAAUAUCGGUAUCCAAACUUAAAGAUUGCAGUUUACUGAUAAGCCUUCUAUGUGCAACAGUGUCAAAAGCCUUACUGAAAUAUUGGUAAGCAAUGUCUACUGCACCACCCUGAUCUAUUAUUUUAGUUACCCAAUCAAAGAAUCAAUAAGAUCUAGUUUGGCAUGAUCUCCCUGAAGUAAACCCAUGUUGUCUCUGAUCUUGAAAUCCAUGUGAUUUUAGAUGUUCAACAAUCCUACCCUUUAACAUGGUUUCCAUCACUUUCCCCACUACCGAAGUAAGGUGUAACGACUGCUAGUGAGGUCCAGCACACAGAACGAAGUAAUAUCUACAUAGACAGAACAGAAAAUUAAAGAACGUAAACCGGUCCUUAGAAUGCCGGACUAAUGCAUUAAAGGACCACUAUGGUGCCAGGAAAACAUACUUGUUUUCCUGGCACUAUAGUGUCCUGAGGGUGCCCCCAUCCUCAGGGACCCCUCCGCCGGGCUCUGGGGAGAGGAAGGGGUUAAACUUAUCUUUCUCCAGCGCCGGGCAGGGAGCUCUCCUCCUCCUCCUCUCCGCUUCCUCUUCGGCUGAAUGCGCAUGCGCGGCAGGAGCUGUGCUUGUAUUCAGCCAGUCUCAUAGGAAAGCAUUCAUAAUGCUUUCCUAUGGACGCUUGCGUCUUCUCACUGUGAUUUUCUCUGUGAAAAGCACGCAAGCGCCUCUAGCGGCUGUCAAGAGACAGCCACUAGAGACUGGAUUAACUCUAUUAUAAACAUAGCAGUUUCUCUGAAACUACUAUGUUUAUAAAAAAAAAGGUUAGCCCUAGCUGGACCUGGCACCCAGACCACUUCAUUAAGCUGAAGUGGUAUGGGUGUCUAUAGUGGUCCUUUAAAGACAGAGAAUUGUCAAGAAAUAGUCUGGGUCAAGGAUGCCAGUAAUAUACAAUAACAUAUAACAAGCCAAGUCAGGGAAACCAGAAAUCAGAAUAGUCAGGAAUAACGAAAACCGGACAAGAAAUCGCACUCUCAGGAACCAGGAACGAAACCACGACAGGGCAAAGAAACAAGAACUUAAGAAAUUUAAAUAUACCACCUUUGACUCUGAUUGGUCAGAGGGUGACCUCUGACCCCAGAACUUGAGUGUGCUUCGACGUCGAAGGCAUGUUCGUGUAACCCUGGGGGGGCGGAGCUAUUUAUGGUGCCAUUUUUAAUCCGGGCAGGCGGCCAGGAGAGCCUGGCGGAGCGGCUCCCGACUCGCCGUUGAGCAGGUAAGCUCAGUCCGUUGGCGUGGCCGCACUGGUGGGUGUGAUCGCGGUGAGCCGGGGGCUGUGACAUAAGGCUUACUGGCCUAUAGUUGCCCGACUCCUCCCUACUAACUUUCUUGUGAAUGGGCACAACAUUCGCUAACUUCCAAUCUCCUUUGACUACUCCUGUUAACAAUGGUUGAUUAAAUAAAUCUGUUAAUGGUUUUGCUAGUACACUACUAAGCUCUUUUAAUAAUUUUGGGUGUAUUCCAUCAUGCCCCAUUGACUUAUUUGUCUUUACUUUUGAUAGUUGAAAUAGAACCUCUUCCUCUGUAAACUCACAUGUAACAAUCUACUCUGUCAUUUUUCCUGAGGCCCCUUUCCUUCGUUUUCAUCUGUAAAUACUGAACAAAAAUAUUCAUUGAGGCUAUACCUUUAUCCUCUUCUACAUAUCUUCCUUCUUUUGUUUUUAAUCUAACUAAAACUUGUUUUACUUCUAUUUUCCCAUUUAUAUAUCUAAAAAAUGUUUUGUCCCCACCCCCCCCUUUUUUUUUUUUACUGACUGGGCAAUUUUCCCUUCUGUGUGUGAUUUGAAAGUUCAUAACUUGCUCAGCCUCUUUCUGCCUAAUCUUAUAGAUCUGUCUAUCUAUCUAUUUCUCCAGUCUGAUAAUGACUCCUUUACACAUAUUCUAAUUUUAGAAAAGUCUGUUUUUCUAAGGUCUAUAACUUUUGUUAUUGUAUGGUGCGACUCAGUCGCUGUUAUUAUAUUAAACCACACAGACUGAUGAUCACAGGAUCCUAAACUUUCACCUACAGUAAUAUCUGAUACCAAAUCUCCAUUUGUUAACAAUAAAUCUAGUAUGGCCUCUUUACGAGUUGGCUGCUCAACGACUUGUUUUAGAGACAAUCCCAGUAGGGAGUUUAGAAUAUGUGUGCUCCUGGCACAGGCAGCUAUUUUUGUUUUCCAAUUCACAUCAGGAAGAUUAAAGUCACCCAUGAUGAUAACUUCCCCCGUCAUUGUCAUUUUAGCUAUUUCCUCAACUACUAGUUUAUCUAACUGUUCUAUUUGUCCUCGGGGCCUAUAAAUCACACCUACACAAGUUACUGUGUGAUUACCAAAUUCUAACGUAACCCAAACAGACUCUAUGUUCGCCUCACUAACUAUUAUUAGGCUAGAUGGACAAAUACAUCCAAUUCUCCUUAACAAUAUUACAAAAAAAAAAGGACGGCAGUCACCAUGAGCACAGCCCCAGCUCAGCUCCCAGGAUGGCAGCCACCAUGAGCACAGCCCUCCACCUCCUCCCAGAGAGGACUCAAUUUGACCCCCUGCAGGGCACAGAAUACCAAAACAAACCAAGCGGAUGUGACGUAAAUUACCGCUAAGAUUCACGGGAGCAGGCGCUGCAUGUGACGUCACAUCCGCUGGCGAAAAACAAUUGGUCGCCCGAGCACAGUGGGGCCGACACAGGGUCUGAUGCGCAUGCGCACCGGAAACACAGCGGCUUGAAUACCUGGCGCUACGGUGUAUGUGAGCCCCAUAUACCGGAUAUACCGCCAGCACCCGGGGUAUGUGUUAUAUAUUAUACCGGGUAUAUGGCCAGCACCCGGGGUAUGUGUUAUAUAUUAUACCGGGUAUACGGCCAGCACCUGGGGUAUGUGUUAUAUAUUAUGCCGGGUAUACGGCCAGCACCCGGGGUAUGUGUUAUAUAUUAUACCGGGUAUACUUCCUGCACCCGGGGUAUUUGUUAUAUAUUAUACCUGGUAUACGGCCAGCACCCGGGGUAUUUGUUAUAUAUUAUACCUGGUAUACGGCCAGCACCCAGGGCAUGUGUUAUAUAUUAUACCGGGUAUACGGCCAGCACCCGGGGUAUUUGUUAUAUAUUAUAUCUGGUAUACGGCCAGCACCCGGGGUACGUGUUAUAUAUUAUACCGGGUAUACGGCCAGCACCCGGGGUGUGUGUUAUAUAUUAUACCGGGUAUACGGCCAGCACCCGGGGUGUGUGUUAUAUAUUAUACCGGGUAUACGGCCAGCACCCGGGGUAUGUGUUAUAUAUUAUACCUGGUAUACUUCCUGCACCCGGAGUAUGUGUUAUAUAUUAUACCGGGUAUACGGCCAGCACCUGGGGUAUUUGUUAUAUAUUAUACCGGGUAUACGGCCAGCACCCGGGGUAUGUGUUAUAUAUUAUACCGGGUAUACGGCCAGCACCCGGGGUAUGUGUUAUAUGUUAUGCCAGGUAUACGGCCAGCACCCGGGUAUGUGUUAUAUAUUAUACCGGGUAUACGGCCAGCACCGGGGUAUGUGUUAUAUAUUAUACCGGGUAUACGGCCAGCACCCGGGGUAUGUGUUAUAUAUUAUACCGGGUAUACGGCCAGCACCCGGGGUAUGUGUUAUAUAUUAUACCGGGUAUACUUCCUGCACCCGGAGUAUGUGUUAUAUAUUAUACCGGGUAUACGGCCAGCACCUGGGGUAUUUGUUAUAUAUUAUACCGGGUAUACGGCCAGCACCCGGGGUAUGUGUUAUAUAUUAUACCGGGUAUACGGCCAGCACCCGGGGUAUGUGUUAUAUAUUAUACCGGGUAUACGGCCAGCACCCGGGGUAUGUGUUAUAUAUUAUACCGGGUAUACGGCCAGCACCCGGGGUGUGUGUUAUAUAUUAUACCGGGUAUACGGCCAGCACCCGGGGUGUGUGUAUAUAUAUUAUACCGGGUAUACGGCCAGCACCCGGGGUGUUAUGUGUAUAUAUAUUAUACCGGGUAUACGGCCAGCGGCCAGCACCGGGGUAUGUGUUAUAUAUUAUACCGGGUAUACGGCCAGCACCCGGGGUAUGUGUUAUAUAUUAUACCGGGUAUACGGCCAGCACCCGGGGUAUGUGUUAUAUAUUAUACCGGGUAUACGGCCAGCCCCCGGGGUAUGUGUUAUAUAUUAUACCGGGUAUACGGCCAGCACCCGGGGUAUGUGUUAUAUAUUAUACCGGGUAUACGGCCAGCACCCGGGGUAUGUGUUAUAUAUUAUACCGGGUAUACGGCCAGCACCCGGGGUAUGUGUUAUAUGUUAUAUAUACGGCCAGCACCCGGGGUAUAUAUAUUAUACCGGGUAUACGGCCAGCACCGGGGUAUGUGUUAUAUAUUAUACCGGGUAUACGUAUGUGUUAUAUAUUAUACCGGGUAUACGGCCAGCACCGGGGUAUGUGUUAUAUAUUAUACCGGGUAUACGGCCAGCACCCGGGGUGUGUUAUAUAUUAUACCGGGUAUACGGCCAGCACCCGGGGUGUGUGUUAUAUAUUAUACCGGGUAUACGGCUAGCACCCAGGGUAUGUGUUAUAUAUUAUACCGGAUAUACGGCCAGCACCCGGUGUGUGUUAUAUAUUAUACCGGGUAUACGACCAGCACCCGGGGUGUGUGUUAUAUAUUAUACCGGGUAUACGACCAGCACCCGGGGUAUGUGUUAUAUAUUAUACUGGGUAUACGGCCAGCACCCGGGGUAUGUGUUCUAUGUUAUACCGGGUAUACAGCCAUUCAUAUAUUUUACAUUGUACACUAUGUUUUCUGUGUUAUAUGGCAGGAUUUGGUGUGUAUUCUAUAUUUUACACAUUGUGCAGUGUUAUAUAGCAAGACUUGCUGUAUUUUCUAUAUUGCACAAUAUGUGCCAGGAAUCACUGCAUAUUGUAUUGUUUUAUUUGACAGGUCUCUCUGCAUAUUCUAUAUCGUACACCAUGCAUAAUGUGUUAUGUGGCAGGACUCUCUGUAUAUUCUAUAUGGUACACGAUGCAGAGUGUGUUAGAUGGCAGUACACUUUAUUCCAUACAUUCAGAGAGUCACUGUAUAUGUGUUUGCUAGCAGAGUGUAUAUUCUAUAUGGUAUGCAAUAUAUAGCAGGGCUUUGUUUUCUGUGGUUAGAGGGCAUUGCAGUGUAUUAUACACUAAAUACACUCUGUGCUACAUGUUAUAUAUGUUUAUGUGACAGUUCUAAUUGCGUGUUCGGUAUUGGAAAGUUACAAUCUGUGUAUUUACAAUAACUCAUUUGCACGUAGAAUUCUCUAGCUGUGUUGUAUAUUUUUCAUUUCAGCUACUUUGUUUUAAACUUGCAAAAUCAUUGUACAUGUGACACAAUUCCUGGUUUAGGGAGCCACCCCAAAAGUGUAAAUACAUUCUUGUCCUGUCUCUUUUGUAGUUUUUAAACAAUCGUUCUAUUUAGUAGUUUCGGCUUCUGAGAGUGGUAGUUCAAUUUUCUGAUUUCAUUCGGAAGACCGCACAUACCUGAAAUACAGUUCCCAGAAAAUAGUGAAAUAAUGCAGCAUAACAAAGUUAAAAAAAAAAGUGUUAAAGACUAAAACAAACACAUAUCCAGCAUAAGUGACUGUAACCUACCCUUCACAAUGGUAUGAUUGUUUUUAUAUUGUCUUGGCUCCAUCAUAUUGUCUUAUUACCUCCAUUCUUAAUUUCUCAGGUCCUAAUUAUGGAUUUCUGAAAUAUGAGCAUUGUCCCGUGGAUAUAUCUCAAAUGCCAUCACCCACUUCACAACGGCCACCAAGGGCAAGGUCUCCAAGCCCAAUGCAACGACCUCCACGCAUUCAACCUCCUGCCCCAAUGCAGAUUCCACUAACCUCCACGGAGAGUAGUGUUAGAGUUUCAUCAGGGGCUCGGUUGCCAAGGCCUCCAAGGGCUGGGACUCCAGACAAAAUACCAAGACCAGCCAGAACUGAUCCCCCGGUUCCUCUGAUGCGCACUGCUGAUGUAGAUUCCCUGGACACUGUGUUGAGACCAAACAGGACUGAACCCCCAACCUCAAUUCAGAGGCCUCCUAGAACAGAACCACCACCUCCCAGAUUGGAUCUACAUUCUACCAUUCAAAGACCCUCCUGGCCAGAAUUUCCAUGUUCAUUGCAGAGGCCACCAAGAAUAAAACCUCCCCUUCCAAUGGAUAGGACACGUACAUCAGAAACUCUAGUCAUUAAGCAAAGACCUCCAAAUACUGAAAAUUCUCUGCCUCUGCAGAGACCCCCAAGGAUAAAACCACCAGCUCCCCAUGUAGAUACUCAAGCACCUUUUUACAGCACUACAAAAAGAGUCCCUUUAUCUCAGAGGCCUCCUAGAACAGAUCAUUUGUGUGCCAUUCAAAGGACUAACAUGACCGAAAAUAAAGAGGUCUCUACCAUAACUCCUUUAGAUCUACGCACCUCAAAUUCCAGUGUUCGUCACACAGGAGGAGGAAUAACCGAACUCUCCUUAAAGAACCCAGAUAGGAAAUAUGUGAGUGAUCCUGAGAUUGGCAAUGAGGAAGCCAGUCCUAAUCUUCAGUGUCCAGUAAAGAGUCUAGAUGGGUCAGCUGCAGGUGAGCAUACUGUUUGAAGUUGGCCACAUAAGUCCUCAUGUCACAGAUUUAUUGAUUUAACUAGAUGUAAUAUAAUUGCUUAUUCUUUUUCAUACAAUCAUUUAUCACAUUUGUGACUCUUGUAUUCUAAAUCUGGCAUUCAUUUUAGAAGAACCCCUGCUUCCCUCAAGGAUAGAAACGGAACCCUCUGGAGGGACACCUGUGGUUCAGCCAUCUGGCCAGCCUGAAGACACUGCUCAGAGAGACCUGUGCGAGAGUGACGAACUGGAGGAUGAUAUAGGGCUUUUUAUAGGUAGGUCCAAACCCUUGUUUUUGACAAACAUUCAUGAAACCUAUAGCAUAUGGACAUUUGUAAUCAAAAUAGGAAGUUGUUUACAGUAACCUGCAUGUGGUAGUUUGGCUUGAGCAACCCACCCAGUCCUCAAGGCACAUCAGCAGUCUAGGUUUUGUCAAUGGGCUUUAAUGUCACUUGAGGAUUUAAAGACGAUGCACACAUUGCAGACUUGUUAUUGUAAUUGUCCUCCAAUUGAAUUCUAGAAAUGGCAUGGUACUGCUACGAUCAUAAGUACUGCUGAGGUGUUUGGGAGAAGGUAGGUGUUUUGGGCGAUGAAAUAGGAUAUCAAUAGACUGGUCGAUGUGUAUCUAAAGUGUAUUCUCUUCCCUUGUACAGAGGACAAUGACUGUGAGGAUAGGGAGCAGAGGAGGAAGAAGGGAAGGAUUGCUCUGAAGAGGAAACGUGAGAACUUGCAGGGUGAAGCGGAAGCUGCUGUGUCUUCAGACUUGAAUAACUCACUAGAUCAAAGUUUAGAGGACCGAGCGAAACUGCACAACCUGACAGCAGUGAAUGUUAGAAACAUUCUGCAUGUGAGUUACCUAACGUAGCUUGGCAUUGGUAAUAUUUAGAGAUGUGUAGGUAUUCCUGGGACAGGAUGGUGUACAGUUAAAACACUAGGAAUUCCCUGUGGUGGUGGUAGACUGAUAUGUCUUGUAUUCUCAUGUUCAUUUUAUGCUUUGCUCUUGUAGGAGGUUAUCACAAAUGAGCAUGUGGUGGCAAUGAUGAAAGCUGCAAUCACAGAUACUCAAGAGUUGCCCGUCUUUGUAAGUUGCUUUCUAUGUUUCCUUCAUAAAGGAUUGUGUUUAAAUGAAUUUUACAUGGUAACUGCAUUUGUAUUUCAAUAAUACUCCUAUUAAUUGUUUUUUCUUGCUGCCACGCCUUUUCAGGAGCCAAAGAUGACACGGUCCAAGUUGAAGGAAGUGGUGGAGAAAGGAGUGGUAAGUGUUGGCUUAGGUUACAAAUUCUUUAUAAGAGGUUUGUGCAUGAUGUAAAGAAUUGUUGGUGGUUUGUGCAACUAAGCAAACAUUCUGAUCGAUUUUAAUUUCCUUAUUUUUAGUGAGACCUUACAUUUAUUUUUCCAUCCUACAGGUAAUGCCUACAUGGAAUUUGUCCCCCAUUAAGAAGGUCGGUGAGCAGAAGGUGAGUCUAGGGGAACUGUAAAAAAUAUGGUAACUUCAAAUAUUAACAAACCAAAAAAGAAAUCCAAUUAGUGAAUCUUAUCACAAUUACUGCACCCAUUUUAUCUGGGCCGUUCCCCUGUUCUUUCUCCUCUCUGGGCUUUGUAAAUGCCUUUCUUUGCCUAUUCUCUCUGCUCUAACUUUUCUUCUUAGACCUUUGAGACCAUUGAAUAUCAAGAAUCGUUCCGACAACUUGUUUCUGUUUUGUUUCUCCAGGCUCCCCAGUUUGUAGAUAUUCCACUAGAAGAGGAAGAUUCAUCAGAUGAUGAAGAAUAUUGCCCUGAAGAGGAGGAAGAGGAUGAGACGGCUGAAGAGGUCAGUGCAGAAUUGAUGCUCUAUCAUGGGGUGUCAGAUCCCGAUGUAGUGUCUGAUUGCAGUAUGUGGUCUGAGACCAUGAUGUAAUCUAGAGUAUAAGAAGUGUGUAUGAAAAUCUGGUUAUUGGAUAGUGUGACACAUAUUUAAAAUUAAAAAAUAGAACUGAAGGUCCAGUGCAAAUCAAAACACUAUUAGCGAUGAUCAAGCACAAUAUUAGCCACCUGCAAACAUGCUUGACAGGCAGCCCAUAAGUCCCUUAAUCCUGUAUUUAACGAAAAAAAAGAAAAUGGCCAGACUUCAUAAUGAAUGAAAUUAUGAUUAAAUUAGCAAAGUGAAAAUAAAUUCAUUUACUCUGUUCAUUCAAGUCAGCUUGGUAAAAUAUUGAAGCACUGGGUUGGACACUUGAACCCAUUUUGUGGAUGGGCAGCACUUCCUCAGAGACUGGAGAAUUUCUGUUCAGAAACGAAAUGCGUUGGCUUGUCCUAUCCAGUACUCCACCCACCGUUGUACUGAACCAUAUAUUCGUAUGAAGUAAUAAAUAAUUUUAAAAAUUCGAUUCUCAAUUCUUUAAUAAUCAAUUCCAGACAUUCUUGGGGAUUGAUGAAGAUAUUACAAAUUUUAGGCAACGUAAGUCUGGUGAAUAACUUGCAUGGUCUGUUCUUUAGGGUGGUAUCCUCACAAAGAUUUACAAUUAUUUUAUGUUUCCUCAGAGUCUGUUGGAGAGCGAUGUUGAGAGUACGGCAUCCUCCCCACGUGGUCAUAAACGACCUCGAGUCCAUCAUCUAUCUGAACCCACAGAAGAGGCCAUGGAUUGCAAUCCGGUAAUGUACAGAUUAGGCUUUGUCCUAUCACAUACUGGUUUACUUUUGUUAUAUGCAUCUCUGUAUCUGUUGGCCUUUCUUUCUAUAUUACGCCAAGCUCAUCAGUUGGAAACCGCCUAGUUGAUUAGUGUCCUGCAGUUGUAACUAUAGCAAGCAUCCUUUGUCACUUGUUAAUAAUUGAUGUACCGUUAUAAAUAUGGCAACCUCUGUGAAAUGACCCCUGCUACUGUCCGUAUGGCAUAGCGCAAGAGGUACUCUAGUCAAAGGUUCUGGAAGCUGUGAUCUAGUGUCUCCAAUGUAGAUUCAUCUACAACACUAAUUUGAUCAUUCUUAGUAUUCUUUAUUCCACGUUGAAUGUUAGAGGACCAUAGCCCUCUGUAAUUAUUAGGUUAUUGUGUAGGUGUAAUUCAGGGACAUUUUGGAUAGGGCAAAAGCCUUGUACAGGUCCAACAUGUUUUAAUAUUUUCCCGUAACAUACAUAGGUCAUAAAAUGACAAAUCUGUAGCUGCUAUCCAAAACUCCAUGUGUGAACAGCUUGGCAUGAAGUUUCAGAGGGGUGGGAGUAGAUCAAUAGAGACAUGCACAUUGCAUACUCUUGAAGUUGAAUGAGCAUUGUUGCUCAUCUCUAUCUGUAGUGAGGAUGGAGACGAUCUGAAGGUGCAACAUCCGGGGGCUUUUGACCUCUUCGGACAGGGCAUGAAACAGCAUAGGGAGCACAGUUAGUAUGAAUCCUCCUAGCUGCUUUGUGACUUGUGCAGUGGUUAACUGGGAGGGAACUGCGUUCAUUGAUAACCGAAACACCGCUCCUCCUUGGCUGCUUUUUGUACAUUCCUUAAUCUCCAGGGAGCCACAGGCAUAGCAAUAGGUAAUAUUACUCUUUAACCCAGUACCGCUUGCCAAGGCUCUGUUUCUACUUGCUCAUGUCAGGUAGAAGUUUUGUGCCCUUUUUAGCUGUCAAACUCCCAUAGUUUUAGUCAUUGCUCAACAGAACUGGGAAAACUUAUAAACUUAGCAUUACAUUUACCGUGAACUACCUGCCCCCCAGUAUUUUUAAUGAUAAAUAUCAGUCAUAUAUUAGUUACCUUGUUUACAUUACGAUCCAUCCUAUUAUUAAUAAACCAUCUGUCCUAAACAGCACCCCUCACACAGACUCUAAUAAUCUUGACCACUAUGAUACCUGCUGAAUAUUAAAAAUGCAGCUAUAUCCAGCAAUUUCUGAAAUACAAGUUGUGACUUUUAUAUAUUGUUCGGGCCAUAGAACCUGCAACUCUUCACACAGCUACUGCAUCUAAUGCAUCACUAUUAAUGCAGUGAGAGGACAACAUUCACAAAAUAUGUAAUAACAGCACGUUCACUUAACCAACUACUAGAGAUUCUGUUAAGUGCACAAACCUGUAGCUAGCAAUUUGUGAAUGUACCACUUCUAAGAAUGUCAGAAGUGCCAAUUACUAUGUAAUAAUUACCUUUUUUAGUAACUAGAACACAUUCCUCUCUUGUCCACAGAUUACAGAUUUUUAUUAAAAGCAUCAAUUCUUGAAAUCUUUUUGUGUCUGCAUACACCUCUCUAACAGCGAGACAAGUAUUCAUUUAGAUAGAUUUAUAAUCUAGCUGGUAGAACACUACCACCCUAAAUUUUCUUUACAUUAAUCUAUUUACUUCAAGCAUUGUAAACACCAGAGUCUGUUUUAGUUAUGUUUGUAGGAGUAUCCUACCGCUGUUCCCCAGUAAUGCAGCAGUUUGCCUCCUAUCUGGGUCACGUGCAUUAAGCUUCUGUAGAGCUGCAAAAUCUGGAUGCAAAAUCUGGAUGCCAAUCCUGCCAGUCAUUCAUUGGCUGAGAGCAUCGUUUGAGUGCUCUCAGCCAAUGAAUAACCCUCUGUGGAAAGAAUAUGCACAAAACUGACACCAGUCCUGAAAUCACCUGGUAUGAUCUCUGCAUGUGCAACGUUUCAAAAUUUAAAAGUGGCGCGUACAGACUUCAAGCACCAAGAUCACUUAAAAACACGGAAGAAGUUUGUAGUAACCUUUUUAAAAUAAUCUGUUUGUUUUAAUUGUUACUCAAUGUUUAUGUUCAGAAUUUUAGGAGUUUGCCAAAUUUGAGGCCAAUGUAGCCGAAAAUGAAAGAUUCUCCAAAUAAACAGUGUUUAGAGCUUGGCUAGUUAGGCCUUAAUUGUGCAAGUCUCUGGUGAAUUUCUGACCAUUCUCAAAUUAGUGCAUAGCCCGACUGGCAUUUGCUGAGAGCAUAUGAUGUCAGCGGCCAAUCAGACCUUGUAAUUCAAAGGAGGGAUCUGUUUAACUCCCAUAAUUCACGUUUAUGGGCAAGACAAAAUGUUUGUUUUCCCUGUUUGAUGAGUGCUGGUUAACAGAUUUGCACAUGUUAGUCAGUGUGUAUGCAAUAUAAUAGUGCAAAUACAUUUUCUGAUGAUCAAGACACUGGAAAUAUAAUAUGGAGCUGUGGGAAAGGCUGCCUCCAUAAAAAUCUAUGGAAGAGGCUUUUAAAUGGGCUCUCUAAGUGCCCUGACCAACACCGCCUGCUGUAAUUUUUAUGGUGAAAAAGUCCCCUGGCACCAAUGCCUUAUCACAAUAAUCACACUUGUUUUUUUUUUAGGUGGCGGAAAUAGUGAUAGAGCUUGGUGAACAUGUUGAGUCAGAAGUUCCAGUGAUGGGCCCUCCUCCUCCUCCUCUCAAAAUGAAAUGCAUUCAAGAUAUUACUUUUAUGGAUGAGCUACAUGCUGUAGACGAGGAAUUGAAUAGCAGCACAGUGUGCAUGGAUUCCUUCCAGGUGAGCGGGCUACCUCAUUACUUGUCCCUCAACUCUCAGGCUGACUGUCCAAAUGCUUCAUUGGUCAUUUGCAUGGUUUAUGUAUAAGUUGUAGGUAUUUUGUGUGACACUGGCAAUCUUUGUGUUCCAGACAAUCUGUCCUGACAGUCUGAUUGCUUUACGUACCCGCUCCAAGAGACCUCUGAAGAAUGUACCCAUAGGGCAGCUGGAGGCCAAGCUCAUGGCUCCAGAUAUCACACCUGAUAUGUAUGACCCUAACACUGCAGAUGACGAGGACUGGAAGAUGUGGCUAUGCAGCCUUAUGCAAGAUGACGUGGGAAACGAAGGUGUGACAGGAAAUACUUGAUCAGUGGAAUCCAUGUAAUCCAUGAUAGUGUUCCACAUCUCAAUUCUUUGGUCCCUUUACAUUCCACAUUUAUUUUUCCUCUAUACUUUUUUGAUUCCUGACAGCGGUGCUCCACAUCCCUCAUUUAUUUGUACCCAAAGAAUUCCAGCCAUUCCUCUGUUCCCUGACACUGAAGCUCCAUGUCUCCCACUCAUAAACUCCAAUGUGUGAUAAACUCUCUUCACAUUGCUUAUUUAUUCCCCAACACAUGUCUGAAACUUGAUAUUUGCAUGGUAUCUGUCCUGCACAUCCUACCAUACACUUAUAUGGUGACUCGCCAUCUAGUCUCCAAGCACUUUUCUGAUGCUCUUCAUUCCACAACCAUAUGUUCUCUAUACACUCUCUUUCGAUCUCUGAUACUCGUGCUGUACUGUACUUGAGCUAUUGAUACUUGUCCGUCCCAUAUUUCUCUUACCUCUGCUUCUAGUGCUCCAUGUCUCUCACCCAUCGGUUUUCAAAUAGGUCCUGGUUCUUGAUACUAGUGUUCUAUGGCCUUCACUUAGCAGCACUAAAGUUUGACCUUUUUGUAUCGUUCCAUAAGAGUUCUGAGCCCAUUGGCUAUUAAAACCAUGUCUGAAUGCUGGCAGUAAUUAUGGACUCAUCCCCAUAACUGUUUUUGUCAUUUAAGAUGAGGCUGAUGAUGACGAUGAUCCAGAAUACAAUAUCCUGGACGAUUUGGAUGAACCAGAUACAGAGGAUCUCCGCAAUGACAGAGCUGUGAGGAUCACAAGUGAGUGUGGUUUUGUUUAAUGAAAUGAUAGUACAAUCAGAUUAUCAGUUGCAUCGGCGUGCACUGUCCUAAGCUCAUAUAUAUAUAUAUAUAUAUAUAUAUAUAUAUAUAUAUAUAUAUAUAUAUAUAUAUAUAUAUAUAUAUACACACACACACACUUACAUACAUACAUACACUAGGCAAUGUCUAAGAUCCGUUAUCUUCUGUGUUACAGAGAAGGAAGUCAGUGAAUUGAUGGAAGAACUCUUCGAUACGGUGAGAACUCCAGAGAGACAUGCUGGACAUCUAUACAGUGUUGUCCAUCUAUGCACGGACACAUCCAAUGGAGGUAACCCUUUCUCUGCAUUUGUUUAGUUCCAGGAUGAAUUGGGCUACUCCAAUUUGGAAGAAGAGGAAGUUGAGGAUGAUGAUAGUAACCAAGGAGCUGCUCACAACCGUUCUCAUCUAGAAGAGGAAGAAGAUGAGGACAAUAAACAAGAACCCAUUCCCAACUUCAAUAUCCCUCAAGCAAUACGGUAAUUAGUUAAAAUAGUUGGAUUGCAUGCAUUUGUGAGCAGGCUUUUUAAAAAUUCUUUAACCCGUCAAUCAUCUGUGUAAGAACAACCACUUUGGUAGAAUGUAGAAUGUUCACAAUUACCCCAUUAAGAGUUUUACAAACCCGAUGUCGGGGCCUCCUUAUCUAUGGGGCAGACCAGCUAUAGACCAAGCUGUGCCUGUUUGGGAAGGGAGGUAAAUUAGUCGGGUGUUGGUUGUCUCCCCUUUCAAAUAAGCUCAGCUGAUUGGGGGAAACCAAGCAGCCCGUACACAAUGUUAUGAACAACUUUUGUCACCUUGUCAAGGUAUCAUGUCUUUUCAGAAAUUAUUUGCUGUAACUAAUAAUAUGGACAGGAGUUUUCUUUACACCAUUGAUUACUAUGCAAAAAUAUAUUCCAUCAUAAACAUGUAUAUUGAAUGGACGGACAAAACAAUGGAAACACCAUAACCCAUUAACCAUCUCCCUCCCAGCUAGAGUUGCAUUGCCGCAUGAAUAAAAUCCGCUAACUUAUCAAAAUUAUUUUUCUUUCUGGGUGCAUAGAAGUUAUGUGCAGUUACAAUAGUUUGCCACCCUUCAGCAUGUAUAUGUGAUGUGUGUCCAGGACAGCUUGGAAUCCCCACACCAAGCCCGGGGCAUACGCCUGUUAGAGAUUAUGAACCUACUUCAACACACCCACUUGUCAACAUGAAGUCUGUUCAGUUGAAUUUAACACUGGAGCCAGGCCCAAUGGACUCACAAAGUAACAGGGAAAGGGUUUUAUUAAUUUUCCAUUCUGAAAUCCAUGUGGAGUAUACCUAUAUAUCUUCUACGCAUAAAUAUCUACAUGUUGUUUCUAUCAAAACCAAAGCUAUACGCUUGACAUCCCUUCCAGUAAGUGUGUGUGUUUUGAUACAUUUUCAUGCUUUUUUCUGUUGGCACAGGUUUGAGGAGCCACUUGCUAAUAUCCUAACGGAGCAGCAUCGCACCGUGAAGGCUCAGCUUCAGUGCCUAAGGAUGAAGAAAUCUGUUUUAAAACCUCCCACACAGGACCCUGCUGAGGAUCCCAAGUCUCUCCACGCUCGCGAAUAUGAGGGCAGGCUUGUCAUUGAGCCCAAGGCUCCUGUUGUGCUGACUCUUAAUGCAGGGCAGAGGCAAAGACUUCAGCAGCAGAUGCAGCAGGUUGGUUUGAGUUAUUCAUGGAGAACAUCGCAAGAAUGACCAAUGGCACUUGUAUUUCUGCACGACAAGCAGUGGAAGCCUAUGGCAUCUGUGGUUUUGUGAUCUCUAGUCAUGCAUGCAUCUACUUGUAAACAUUAAGGUGACGUUACCUGGGAAGAUCUUUGCAGAGAUCCAAUCAGUUCUGCUUUAGCAGUUGUUACGCAAUAUGCAGUAAUUUCAGAAAUUAAAAUACUAGUAGUCCUGAACUGAUGGGUAAUAAACCAUUCUCUGUUGCAGCACGUCCAGCUUCUGACCCAGCUAAAUUUGCUUUCGAGUAAAAACCCUGGACUAAGCUUUGAGACCGACACUACUCGCUUGUUUCUGGUAAGACUGUCAUUCUCAGCCAAUUAUCUUUCUUUUAUUAUGAUGUCUUAUCGUGGCGCCCUCAUGUGUAUGAUGAGACCCUUUACUUCCUAUUAACUUUGUGUUAUAUUUAUUUAUUUUUUGCCCAGGUUGAACUUUCUAGUUUUGCUGAAAAUUCUGUCCUAACCCAUCGGCCAAAGAACCCUGAUUUUCAAAGUAUGUUUCAAGCAAGUAACCUAAGAGAUGCAAUGCAACUGCACUCCAAUUUUCACACUCAGGUUCCAGAGAACAUUGAGCCUCCCAAGCUGAUAAGAAAAAACGGUAUGGAUUCUGCAGAAACUAAAUAUAUAUACCAUUACUAACGAAAUCAAUGUUCAGCCUGUCAGUGGCUUAGGGUGGGGUUACACAUUGUAUUAUGUUAAUUGAUCUCUGUACUCUUUAGUGGGUAAAGUACAGUGAGCCCAAAAGGAAUUAACUGUUUGUACACACACAGUCAUUAAAGGGACACUGUAGGCACCCAUACCACUUCAGCUCAUUGAGGUGGUCUGGGUGCAGUGACCCUUUUGCAUUUAGUGCUGCAAUGUAAACAUUUCAGUUCAAGAGAACUGCAAUGUUUACAUUGCAGUACUAAGUCUGCCCUCAGUGGCUGUCUACCAGACAGCCACUGUGGUCGCUUCCGGAAUCCAAAGGGACUUUUUGUCCAUUAUCCAGCGUCAGAUUUUCCCCAUAGGAAAGGAUUGAAUAAUGUUUUUCUAUGGGGAGGUUUAAUGCGGGCAUGGCCAUUGCCGUGCAUGUUCAUUAGGUCUCCCUGCCAGCUGACGUUGUCGGGAGAGGAGCAUGGGCAGAGCCUGACCCAGCGCCGAGGAACAUCGGGGGGGAGGGGGAGAGACACCCUAUUAACCCUAUAGUGUCAGGAAAACUGCUUUGUUUUCCUUGCACUAUAGGAUCCCUUUAAGGAAAAUACUUGAUUGACUUUUUUUUUUCUUUUUCUUUUCUUGCAGGCAGUGAAAUUCCCAGCCUUCCUACAGACAUUGCCUGGAUUCUGGCCACACAGCCUGUUUUCAUGUACCCGGAACUCCUGCCUACAUGUGGCCUGAAAGUCAGAGGACCUCGCGAUAAAGUGUAUUUUACCAAGGGUGAAGACAGGUAUGUUUAGAAAUAAUAAACGUUUUUUUACAAUGAUUGCAAUGCUUUAUCUUUCUCUAAAUUACCUGUGAGAGUGUAACGUGAUUAUGUGUUUCUUAUUCAACUGUACAGUGUGUGCUUGUGAAACUCCGUGAUCAGCCAAAAAUUAAAACCACUAAUGGGUGAAGCGAAUAACAUUGAUAAUAUUGUUACAAUAGCACCUGUCAAGGGAUGGGAUAUGGUUGAGAUUAGAUGCAUGUGCAUAGUUUUCUUGGGGAAAAGAUGGCAGCAGGAUGCCCUAUGGGACGAAAGCAGGUAGGCAAAGGCAGUGUUAUGUUCUUCUGGAAAAUCUUGGGUCCUGGCAUUCAUGUGGAUGUUACUUUGACACGCAUCGCUUACCUAGAGACCAUGUCCUUCAUGGCAAUGCUGUUGCCUGAGAACAGUGACCUCUUUCAGCAAGAUAAUGCACCCUGCCACACUGCAAAAAUUGCUAAGUAUGGUUUGAGGAACAUAAGAAAGAGUUCAAAGUGUUGCCAUGAUCUCCAAAUUCCACAGAUCUUAAUCUGACUGAUCACCUGUGGGAUGUGCUGCAGCAACAAAUCAGAUCCAUGCAGUCACCACCUCGCAAUUUGCAGGACUUAAAGGAUCUACUGCUAAUGUCUUGGUGCCAGAUACCACAGGACGCGUUCAAAGGUCCUGUCGACUCCAUGCCUCAAUUCAUCAGAGCUGUUUUGGUAGCACGAUGCGGGACCUACACAAUAUUAGGAAGGUUGUUUUAAUUCCCCUGUCUUUCAUAGGAUGAAAAAAACAUUUUAUUCUGUUCUCACAUAAAAAAACAGAUUAAUGGACCACUAUAGGCACCUAGACCACUUCAGCUCAAUGAAGUGGUCUGGGUGCCAGGUCCCUCUAGUUUUAAGUAUUACAAAGAAAAAAACCAAAAGGAAAAAAACAAAUAUGGUGCAAAACAAUAAGCACAAGCAGGGGGUGAGAGGUGGUAGAAAACUCACUAGAUAGUAGUAAAUUCCUCAUUAUUAGGGUAAUUGUCUAAAUGCAGGGAAUCUUACAGUCAUAGAAAUCUUGGUAUAGAAGUAUUUUCUUGAGUAGCUCAAAAUAUAAGGAGAGAAAAGUGAAAGUGCAGACUAUAUAAAAAUAUAACAAAUUUAUUUUACAAGUAGCACUUACAAUGUGUCAAGACAAAUACUUUCUAGUGCGUUUUCUACCACCCCUCACCCCCAUGCUUGUGCUUAUUAUAUUGCACCAUAUUUGUUGUUUUUUCCACCAGAUAUACGGUGCUUAUGGUAGAUUCUAACGACUACUAUACAGUUUGUACCACUUGUUAUCACUUCUGGUGAUUUUACACACAUUUUUUUCUUUGUAAUACUUGUAACAUUGAGUGUCUCUAGGGAACAAUUUAACCUAAGGUGUCUUGUGUGUCUCAGAGCAUAUAGUGAUCAUUUUUUGUGUUUUUUUACCCUCUAGUUUUAACCCUGCAGCUAUAAACAUAGCAGUUUCAGAGAAAAUGUUAUGUUUACACUGAGGGUUAAUCCAGCCUCUAGUGGCGGUCUCCCUGACAGCCGUUAGAGGCCGCUUCUGUGAUUCUCAAAAAUCACAGUGAGAUGACACUGACAUCCAUAGGAAAGUGUUGAGUAAUGCUUUCCUAUGGGCGGUUUGAAUGCGCUUGCGGCUCUGGCCGUGCAUGCACAUUCAGCACUAACGUUGGCGGGAGGAGGAGAGUUCCCCGGCGCUGGAGAGAGGUACGUGGCUAAAGGGGUUUUAAUCCCUUCAGCCCAACGGGAGGCGGGCUAUGAAGGUGGGGGGGACCUAUGGACAUUUUUUUUUUUGGGGGGGGGGUAAUAUUAUACAUCAUAUUUUUGCAAUGCCUUCCUAAUUGGAUUUGUCUUAAGCAUAGAGACAGAGCUCAGCCAAUGAGAGAUUGAGUUGCAAAAUUAAGUUCUCCCCACAGCCAUAAAUAAUCGUGGCAGGGUUUAACAUUUGAAGUCUAUGCUACUAACCAGCCUUAAUAGUUACUCAGGACUGAAAAGCAUAGCGGUGAUUGUGCUAUUGCCAGGGAUACAUUUUCACUCACAAAUGGCUAUUGGCAAGUGUAAAUUUUGAGCAUGGCUUAUGAGCUUAAAGGAGUUGGUAAUAAGAGUAUAAUGCUUGGCUGUGAGGUGGAGUCAUGUCAGCUCAUGCUGAUCUCUCAUUGGCUGAACUGAGUAAAUGCGCUGCAUAUUUCAGGACAAUGUUUUCUUAAAAAAAAAAAAAAAAAACCAGGGGGUGUAGCCAGUGUAGGGGUUAAGCUGGAAAAAUAUGAAAAUUUCUAUAGUAAAUUAAAGCAAAAUAAAAACAUUUGAAUAUAUCAAGAUACACAGCAUGAUUUUGAUUCUGAAAACCUCUUACAUACACUUAGAUGUGUUGGUACCCUUAGUAUCCAUUUAAGAUUAUUGUGACUGUAUUUUCUGCAAUGAAUGUAAUGUGUGGGUUUUUUUUUUUUUUUUUUAGUUUGCUGGCCCUGGGACUUAAGCAUUUUGAUGGAAUGGAGUUUUAUAAAACUCUUAUCAGCAAGUAUCUUAUUCCGGCAAAGACUUCCCAGCAGCUGAAUGCCCACAUUAAAAAUGUCACCAUGCAGAAGAGUCAAGACAAUAUCAUAAAGGUAAGCCACCUACUAUAUAGCAAGGAGGGCAAAUUAUGUAUAGCAUGGGGAGGUGUGCUGUGAUUGUCUUACAAUAGUUAGUGUGGGUGAUGGUAUAUUUGUAUUCAGUAUGGUAGGGAUGAGUGGCUAUGUUUGGUGUGCAGCUGCAAAAGGGGGGCUGGCUUUGCAUGCUGUGUGAGUCUGUUCUUCAUAGUUAGACUAGACGGGUGAAGGACAGUGUGGUUGGAGGAGAGGAGUUUGGCUACAUUGAAGCUGUGUAUUGCAUAGUGGUGGGUGUGUGGAUAAUCUGGUUACAGGGGAGGGUGGAUAUGAAGGGUAGGACCCUCUGUGGAGGGUAAUUGAUUCUGGGAGCCCUGUUGAACGACACUCUAAUGAAAUUAUUGACCUUGUAGAAAUUUGGGUGAACUGCAGCAUGAUGACUCUCCGGAAACGGCAAUGGGUGUGCAGCAAGACCGAAUAGGGAAAGGGAAUAUGCGCUGUAAGACCCACUGAUUGGGUGGGGUUGGAGAACUAAUGCCAGAAUCUAUUAUGCUUCAUGUGGACAAUUUUGUAUGUUUUCUUGGUCAGUAUUUCAAGAGGAACAAAUCACUGCCUGAUCUUGUGAAAUGCUGUGAUAUUAUCCAGGCAUACGAUGGCAAACCGCCAGUGGACAGAGAGAAGCACAGACUGCCGUUCUGGCUGAAGGUAAGAGGAGCACGUGAAAUGCCUGGAUUUAUUUUAGCUGCAUCUAGAUUUACCUAUUCACAAUUAAGGUGGCUGCCUUGCCUUCAGUAUGCUAGAAUCAUACGUAACCUUUGCUUAAACCUGCAUAUUGAUACAGAGGAGCACAGAACAGGCUUCCGUUGAGACCCUGGUAGGGUUUACAAACGUUGGAUAUUUUAGGGAGACUGCCAGUAGUUUGGAGAGGUCAGAGGAUAGACCAGGAUUUUAGGAAGAAUGAAGCAGGAAGAAUAACUAUACUAACAAGAAAUGUAAUAAUUGCAAAAACAUACUAAGAUCGUUUGUGUUGUUACUAAGAAUCUGUUAUGUAAUCGAUGCAGUAAUGAUUCCCGUACACUGUGGCAGUGACCUCACCAGUUAAUGUAUUUUGGUUUCCAUGUAGCGUCCAGGUUGUAGGAGAGAGGGAAUGGUUAUGAUGAGUCUCUGAUGAGUGUUUAUGUGCUUUAGUUUUAAAAGUUGGUUCAUAUCUCAGACAUGUAAACUCAAAUGGAAACCGUCACAUUUUUAACAUUGCACCAUUGAAUAAAACCUAGAAAUCACCUGUAACUCGUGGUAAUCUCUUUUUUUGGUUGAUACUAUAUUAUACUAAAUAUUUAGCAGUUGACAUUGCAAUCCAGCUCAUUUCAGGCACCACUAAUCUGUCUGCCAGAUGCAAAGAGCACAGUUUAUAACAAUGAAUGACAGGGAGCAAAGAUGUAAUUGCACAAGUCUAGGUUAAAAGGAAAUAGACCCGUGCUAAUAAUUCCUAUUUCAUUUUCAGUCUUCACAAACUAAUAUUUCAAAAAUAUAAUUACUGAAUAACAAAAAAUUUAUAAAUAUAGGAAUGUGUUCAGAAAAAAUUAGUUCCUCUAAGUUUCAGAUGCUUAGAAUGUUUGAAAUAGAGUGUUGGGAUAAAUUAGUUUAUAUUUUUUUUAAACAUUUUCUUCUACUCUAGGCCAGCAUGACCAGCAUUGAGAAAGAAAUGAAAAAAAUAGAUAAAGAUUCACAGAUAUCGGGAACCGAGAGACUAACCACCAAAUACCCUCUGGUAGCACCUCCAGAGCUCCAGCUCACACUCAAACCUCUACCGUCACGAUUUGUCCGCAGAUUCUUGCGACAGAGGAAACCCAAUUUGAAGCCACUUCUUAUCCGACCUACUAGCAGCACAAACAACAACAACAACACUCCAAAUAAGCCAUUACUCAAACAAGCCUCUGACAUGCAGCCCUUGCCCAUCACAAUAUUGGGUCAGAUGCCUUCUCUUAAUCAAUCCACCAGACCUGUUCAGGGCAUUGUAGGAGUAAAUUCUGUAUGUGUGCCUUCUGAUAUUACAAACUCCAUCGUAUCUUCUGCUCCACUCAUUCAUUCUGCUCCUGUCAUAUUUACUGUUCCUAAUGGAGCAUUAAAGCUGGUAAGUCUUGGUACAUCCUGUGGUUUGAUACAGUCAAUUGGUACCAGACCAGGCAUUCCAGUCACUACAGUUCUUCUGAAUCCCUCCUCUGUAAAACAAACACUAAUUACUUCGCCCUUUAAUCAGACACUUUUUGACAUGUCCCCAGGGCUUCAUGAGGGCCAAAGUGGUGUGAAUUUGGAGACUGUCUUAUCAGACCCAGGGAAGAUCAAAAAGGAACAUGAUUGGGGCUGUGUGUCCAUCAACAUAAAACACGAAGGUUCUUCUGUAAGUGAAGAGGGGAACCAUGGAGAACCAAAUGCAGGAGAGCAGCAGGAAAACUGUGUCCAGUCAUGCUCUCCUGUGGCUGAGAAAUUAAAAUGUGAUACAGAAGAUAGGAAAGAUUGUUUACUAGACAGCAAACCGUUGCACAUAGGUUAUUGUUCUGAUAAUUCAGUACUCCCCGAUUUAUCCUCAAAUGACUGUAAACCUGAGAUGGAAUCUAAAGAUAAAGCUGUACAGAUUUCUCUAAUGGUGGAGUUGCACAGUCUUCAGGAGUCGGAUAUUAAAAAGGAGGAACAGGAAGAGUUUGAUGUAGGGACGUCUGACUCAUCCAGUAUCCACAUUGUAAAAAUAGAGCAAGAAUGCCCUCCAGAUGAAGGGAAUUCUGCAGAGGCUGCAAAUAUUUCUCAAACUCUGGUACUGCGAAGUCCUCCAUAUCCAGAGAUUAAAAAAGAUGAGGAUCAGUGGGAUGUGGGUAUUUGUGAUUCAUCAAGUAGUCAACUUAUAAAGACAGAGCCAGCGGAUGCCCCAAUGUCCGACCCUCCUGCAGAGCCAGCGGAUGCCCCAAUGUCCGACCCUCCUGCAGAGCCAGCGGAUGCCCCAAUGUCCGACCCUCCUGCAGAGCCAGCGGGUGCCCCAAUGUCCGACCCUCCUGCAGAGCCAGCGGAUGCCCCAAUGUCCGACCCUCCUGCAGAGCCAGUGGAUGCCCCAAUGUCCGACCCUCCUGCAGAGCUAGCGGAUGCCCCAAUGUCCGACCCACCUGCAGAGCCAGCGGAUGCCCCAAUGUCGGACCCACCUGCAGAGCCAGCGGAUGCCCCAAUGUCGGACCCACCUGCAAAGCCAGCGGAUUCCCAAAUGUCCUACCCUUCUGCAGAGCCAGCUGCUGCCCCGGUCCCUGACCCUCCUGCAGAGCCAGCGGCUGCCCCGGUCCCUGACCCUCCUGCAGAGCCAGCGGUUGCCCCGGUCCCUGACCCUCCUGCAGAGCCAGCGGUUGCCCCAGUCCCUGACCCUCCUGCAGAGCCAGCGGCUGCCUCGGUCCCUGACCCUCCUGCAGAGCCAGCGGCUGCCUCGGUCCCUGACCCUCCUGCAGAGCCAGCGGCUGCCUCGGUCCCUGACCCUCCUGCAGAGCCAGCAGCUGCCCCGGUCCCUGACCCUCCUGCAGAGCCAGCGGCUGCCCCGGUCCCUGACCCUCCUGCAGAGCCAGCGGCUGCCCCGGUCCCUGACCCUCCUGCAGAGCCAGCGGCUGCCCCGGUCCCUGACCCUCCUGCAGAGCCAGCGCCUGCCCCGGUACCUGACCCUCCUGCAGUGCCAGCGGCUGCCCCGGACCCUGACCCUCCUGCAGAGCCAGCGGCUCCCCCGGUCACUGACCCUCCUUCAGAGCCAGCGGCUGCCCCGAUCACUGACCCUCCUGCAGAGCCAGCGGCUGCUCCGGUCCCUGACCCUCCUGCAGAGCCAGCGGCUGCUCCGGUCCCUGACCCUCCUGCAGAGCCAGCGGCUGCUCCGGUCCCUGACCCUCCUGCAGAGCCAGCGGCUGCUCCGGUCCCUGACCCUCCUGCAGAGCCAGCAGCUGCUCCGGCCCCUGACUCUCCUGCAGAGCCAGCGUGUGCCCCGGUCUCUGACCCUCCUACAGAGCCAGCGUGUGCCCCAGUCUCUGACCCUCCUGCAAAACCAGUGUGUGCCCCGGUCUCUGACCUUCCUGCAGAGCCAGCAGAUGCCGCAAUGUCCGACCCUCCUGCAGAGCCAGCGAGUGCCCGCAAUGGCGCAAUGUCCGACCCUCCUGCAGAGCCGGCAGAUGGCGCAAUGUCCGACCCUCCUGCAGAGCCGGCAGAUGGCGCAAUGUCCGACCCUCCUGCAGAGCCGGCAGAUGGCGCAAUGUCCGACCCUCCUGCAGAGCCGGCAGAUGGCGCAAUGUCCGACCCUCCUGCAGAGCCGGCAGAUGGCGCAAUGUCCGACCCUCCUGCAGAGCCGGCAGAUGGCGCAAUGUCCGACCCUCCUGCAGAGCCGGCAGAUGGCGCAAUGUCCGACCCUCCUGCAGAGCCGGCAGAUGGCGCAAUGUCCGACCCUCCUGCAGAGCCGGCAGAUGGCGCAAUGUCCGACCCUCCUGCAGAGCCGGCAGAUGGCGCAAUGUCCGACCCUCCUGCAGAGCCGGCAGAUGGCGCAAUGUCCGACCCUCCUGCAGAGCCGGCAGAUGGCGCAAUGUCCGACCCUCCUGCAGAGCCGGCAGAUGGCGCAAUGUCCGACCCUCCUGCAGAGCCGGCAGAUGCUUUAGGGCCUGAUAUACAAGACUCAAACACCGAGAGGAGAAAUGAACGGUAUCCUCUUCUGAAGGAAAAGGAAGAUGUUCUAAAUGAGACUCAAGGUCAGGAUUCCGCUGGUCAGGGAGAGUCCCCUCAAAAUACACCACCCUGUAUGGAUGGUGAUGUAGACAUGAGCAGUCCAUCUGAAAUGCCCCAAGACCCCUCAAGUCCCCUGGGUCAGCAGGAUGGGAGCAAUGAAAAAGACCUACCAGAAGAGGAGGAGGAGGAAGAUUUUGACGACUUAACGCAGGAUGAAGAUGAAGAAGAAAUGUCUUCUGCUUCAGAGGAAUCUGUGCUCUCUGUUCCUGAGCUGCAGGUAUAAUUUAUUUUAUUUUUUUAGUUUUAUAUAGAUAAUGCAUUAACGCACAAUAAUGCAAAAAAUACAUUGAAAAGGUGAUACAACACAGUUUAGAGAUGCUUUGUGCAGCUACAAGCAGACUCCUUUCUGACCUGAAAGAUACUCUCCAGUCUAUAGUAUCUCAUUCUGGUCUGUGGGAUCUGGUCUUAUACCAUAUACUAUGAGUAGUUUGCACACUCCAACUCUAGGCUCAGUAUCUCUGAAGAUGAUCACCUUCGAAAAGGGGAGAGUUCUUGGACAGGUUCCUUGCACCUUAACCACUUAAACUACUUGAAGGGUGCUUAGAGCAGUGUUAAUUUUGUUGACUGAAACAAAAACAAUUCAGAUAACUAAAAUACGACUAAAACUAAAAUGGCUUUUUAGUCAGAAGACUAUGACCAAAACUAAAUUGAAAUUUACCAACAAAAUUAACACUUGCUUAGAGCGAUCACUUAAUAUUUCAGAUGGUGUUGGUACAUUAAUGUGAAAUUGUGAGUACUACAGGUUACAUUUCCCAACAUAAUCUGGGUUAAUUGAUAGGAAUUCCAGUGAAUUUCAUAUUUUUAAGCUUGAAAAGUGAACUGGAAGAGUUCUCAAAGUCUGCUAUGGUUCCAGUCCAGCUACUUUGACCUUAAAUUUGAAAUCUACUUUGAAUUCCUGGCAUUUUUCAUUGUAGUAAAUGAUUUUUAUUGGGGCUUACUUUCAGGUCACAGAGAUCUUUUUUUCAAAUAUUUGUGGCUUUUGACUUGUUAAAAAGGAAUAUGCCCCAGAAUUAACGUAAUAAAUACAUGCAUAAAUUCAGCACUAGCAUGAAUUAAUAUAUCCAUUUAUGACACAUGAAGUAUAUUUAGGAUACCGUAUCUGUGUUUACCAUGUGUAUUCAGCCCACCAGAGCAAAGAGCAUGGUGGGUAACUGUUAUGGUUUCUUAUUCCAUGGGGACAGGAGACCAUGGAGAAACUGACGUGGCUGGCAUCAGAGAGGCGAUUAAGUCAGGAGGGAGACUCUGAAGAGAACUCUCAGGAGGAGAACUCCGAGCCAGAGGAUGAAGAGGAGGAGGUAGAAGGGGCGGAGAGCUCCACAAGGAAAGAGGAAGAAAUGACUGAUGAGGUGACUGCCGAGAGCACCACACCUGCACCCACUCAUCCCCACAUUCCUUCUCCUGUUCCCAUGGAAAGCUCUGCAGCCCCAGCAGGUGAGCUCUACAGCCAAAGCUGCACAUGAGAUUUACAUUGUGUGUGAGUAUGCAGUAUUCGGUUUUAAUAUUGUGCUUCAUGUAUGGGACAUGCAUGUGUGUACAGUCGGCUAUGUUCUUCUUUGGGGCAUGUGUAAGUACUGGGAAAUGUUAUAGAUGAGACAUGCAUGUGUGAUAGUCAGCUGCGUUAUUUAUUAAAUAUGAAUCGGAGUGUGAAUAGUUGGCUGUUUUUUAAUUGCUAAUCUUAUAAUUUUUAUAAUGACCUGUGAGAGUAACUUGUUUACUGAAUUAAGUACACAACAAGCUUGUUUUGGUUGGGUUAUGUAUACAUCAGUGUAUAUACACAGGGGGCUUGUAAGUGGUAUCCAUUAAUGGCUGACGUUUGGUUAUGUUUUUUUUCAGGUGAAGUGCGUAAAGGAGUAAGUAAGGGGAGGACGGUUCACAGAGUAAGGAGCAGGCGGGGUCGUGCGCGUACCAGUAAAGAUGCGUCCAAACUUCUCCAUCUGUACGAUGAGAAUAUCCUGCUAAAAGAUCCCCUUAGGGAACAUAAGGAUAUGGCAUUUGCAAAGGAGUAUCUGAACAGGGUGAGAGGAAUGGACUUAUUAUAUAUUGUCAGGGAAUUUGAACUGGGUUCGGGUAGAGCCUUAUGAACAUGUACCUUGGAUUAAUUUUAAAAAGCAGUAGAUGGAAAGGACUUAUUACAGAGAAUCAACUUUAUAAUAAGUGGCAGGUCAUUUUAUGAAUAGGGAGAUAACAGCCUUUUUACUGAGUGCUAGGAGAUAAUCUAAACAUACACAGGGUUAAUCACUAAAGUAAUAAUUCAAAGUGAGUUUUAAAUUUAAAGGGGUCACCGCACACCCCUAAAGCACUUUAGCUUGCUGGAAAAAAAAGGAGUGUCUGCCUUUUUUUUUUUUUAAAUAAAAAGAGCAGGUAUUGAUAGAAAUUGACACUUUAAUAAAGAGCAGAGAUUGAUAGAAAUUGACACUUUAAUAAAUUAACUUACACCCCCUGGGUGACAAUCAGACCGCCAGUCAUGUUACUGUCUGGUUGUUUAGCUCAGUAUAGCUACGCUAAAGAGGCAGCAAUUGCUCAGAGUACUUGCCUUGCAUUGGGAAACCUGUGAUUGGACAGCCACAGAAAUGCAAGAAAGUUUUCAGUGAGGGUAUAUCUACUAAACUGUGAUUGUUUAAUAUUUAUUUAGAUAGUGUAGUGUCUUUUCACAGGGAAAAGUAGCCAAAAUGGAAUGGUUCUCUAAGUCAGCUAUAUUUCUAGUUGGGCUUAUUUUUUGCCUUAAAUCUGACAUUUCUUUGAAUUCUCAUUGUAGUGGCUAACACUGACCCAGAGGAAUGGCUGUAUAAUAUAUUCCCAGGGAAUAAUUUGAACAGGGAGAACGGAAGGCCUUAUAAUGGAUUACAGAUAAAUGAUCAGAACAAGGGAAAAGGAGGGGCCUUAUGGAUUGCAAGGAAGGGUAGUAGAAAGGCCUUAUCGAGGAUAGCUAGACAAUAACCUGAAAGAGGGAAAACGAGAGGGCCUUGGGAUAGAUGCUGAACAGGGUGCAUUACCCAGUGGGUAAAGCCAUGCAUUUAUCUCAUCAUGUGCAGGUACGAGAAGCACUCAAGGUCGUGCCUGGUAAAUAUGAGCAGUUCUUGCACUUAAUCUAUCAGUUUGAGACCAACAAAGAUACUAGGACAGCAGUGGACCUAUAUGAAAACCUAAGGGAAAUUCUCUGUGAUUGGCCCCAACUGCUAAAAGAUUUUGCUGCUUUCUUAUUACCAGAGCAAGCGCUGGAGUGUGGGCUGGUGAGUUUUUGACCAAAAGCAUGUUACCUGCUGCUUUCUCUGUCCUCUGCCCACACUUGUUUAUCCGAUCUGGCCAAUGCUUAUUUCUUCCCAAAGCUACAAAUACACUAGGCAUGCUGCUGAUUUUGCCAUGCAUGUAUAUUGGCCACUUAGACAUUCCACUCAAGCUAACCCCUUGUAUAUUUUUGUACGGGGCUUUACAAAUCCAAGGAUACACAGAAAUGGGCACUUAAGAUAUGUAUAAGUGUGUGAAUGACUAGUUAUUUCUGUUUGUAUGUGUUGCUAAUAAGGUGGUGUGUGUGUGUGUUUAGCAGGUUAGGUAUGGUUGUGAUUGUGUUUUUAAGUUAUUGUAGUUAACUAAGCUCGUGCUAUUAAAGUACUUCCUAUGUUCCUGGGAAACUGUUAGUAGCCCUUGUUAAAAACCCUCUGUAGAAAUUGGUAUUAAGAUGUUGCAUACAUUGUUCAUUUAAGAUGAUACAAAUGUAUUUUGGAUUGAGAACAUCUGUCUCUUUCAUCAGUUUCAAGAGCAGCAAGCCUUCGAGAAAAGUCGCAAGUUUCUUCGACAGUUGGAGAUUUGCUUCCUGGAAAACCCAGCUCAGCAUCAGAAGAUCAUUAAACUGCUUCAGAGUUUUGCAGAAUGUCCCCUCCAGGAGAUUAGCAAGGUUGGUAUCCCAUUUCCUGCUCAGCUAAGAUCUCCCCUUGAUGGAUCACAUCCUUCUUGCGCAAAUAGCAUCUUCAACUGACUGUCCACUGAUAUUUUACGCUUUUUAAAAGUUUCCUUGACUAGCCUAGUUUUUCUUCUUCCUGACAACCCACAUAUUUUUGCCCUGUUAAUGUAUCCUGCAGACCCAGUUUCUCCUUGGCAUGUCAGAUUCUCCAAGAUAGUCCCACUUUUUUUUUUUUCUUCUUGCUUUUAUGGUUUACAGCAGCGUUUCUCAAACCUUUACGGAAAGGCCCCCUGCAGGUCUAAAAAAAAAAUUCCUAAGAACCCCUGCAUUAAGAAAGUCAAUACUAUGGGGUCAGAAAUACAAAUGUGUGUUCCUGACCUUGUAGUGUUAAAAAUGUAGUUGAAGCCCCUUGCCCCUGAUACGCCUCCUUGGUUGACAUCAUCAGAAAUUGUUUUAGCCAAUCCAAUGCAUUCCCAUAGGAAAUACCCUGGCCAAUCAGCAUCUCCUCGUAGAGAUGCAUUGAAUUAAUUUAAAGGUCAGCUUCUCCAUGCAGAGCUGGGAGACGCUGAACAUCAGUGCUGCGCAGCACUGACCCUGCAAGCACCUCUAGUGGCCGUAUGAGUGACCACAACUGCAGGUGUCCCUAGGCUGUAAUGUGUUUACAUGAAAAUGCCUGCAGUGAUUGACUAUACUCACCAGAACAACUACAUUAAGCUGUAGUUGUUAUGGUGACUAUAGUGUCCCUUUAACCCCUUAAGGACACAUGACAUGUGUGACAUGUCUUGAUUCCCUUUUAUUCCAGAAGUUUAGUCCUUAAUGGGUUAAAUUUAAAAUAAAAUGUGUAGACUCUGAUAUGUAUAUUAAAUUUUAUAUUUUUAUGGUAAACAUGACAUCAUGUGAAUAUUGUGUACCUAAGAAGCAAUGUAUGAAGUAUUAAUCUGAAGUAUGUCACAAAAUGAAAGUAUAAUACAUACUUAAUAGUGACACACAGAGGACACUGACACAUACACACAUUUACACACAGGAAACUGACACUUAAUGACACACACAGGAAACCGACAGACAUAGUCACUGAUUUGACACACACCUAAUGAUACAUUAAUUGACAGACAUACACUGAUUUUGAAAAACAGACAUUCACUUACACACAUUCAAAUUAUUUUUUAAAAUUAUUUUUAUUUAAGCCCAUCCAGUCUCCAUACUUUUGAGAGAACUGGAGGGGAUCCUUUACCCUGGGUCCAGUGUGGGGCUAGCAUAAUCUUCAUGCUCUUCCAGCAUUGCUCCUUCGCAUGCUGUUUAGUGAUACCAGGGCUGGGGUCAUGUCAUAACCGUCUCUUGGCAUCACCGCGGGGCGUGAGGGAGCAUUGCUGGUAGAACACAACACUCCUUCACCGCCUGCCUUCAUUCAACCCUCCAGACAUGGCACAUAUGGGGAGAGUAGGUACCUGGCAUCCAAAUAAGAUGGUCCCUUCUUUGCCUUGAUGCAUAUCCAGCCUCUUCCUGGCAUACCCUCUGGAGUUAAUGUACCACAAGUUAAGAACCUGUGGUUUACAGUGUGUUUUCCAUUUGCAGCUAAAGGCUCAGAUGUGGCAACUUUUGAAAGGCCACCAUCAUUUGCAAGAGGAGUUUUCUCUGUUUUUUGACCACCUCAGACCUCCAGCAAGCCGAAUGGGAGAGUUUGAAGUUUUGAACUGGACUGAAGACAAAGAUUACAAAGUUAGUAUGUGUUGGUGGGUUAAGCAAUGAGAAAUGGGGGGGGAGGGGGUUGAAGAAAUAAUUGUGUGAGGGGGAGAAAGGGCUUUGUAGAAAGGGCUAUUAGAACCUGUGAGACUGGUGUAUCGGAGUAGAGGAUUUAGUGAAGAAUAGGUGGCAGUGGAAGUUAUUGGGAGAUGCAGAUGGAUGUGUGAAAGAUAGUUAUCGUAGAAGAUGAAGUCAUGUCACGUUCUAAAUCAGGAGUGCCCAAAAGGUAGCUCCCCAGAUGUUGUUGAACUGCAAUUCCCAUGAUGCUUUGUAUACCGUUGGAAUGCUUUUAGAAUGGCAAAGCAUCGUGGAAGCUGUGGUUUUUAAAACAUCUGUGGAUCUGCCUUUUGGGCACCUCUGUUCUAGAUGGUGCUGAUUUAACAUUGCAAACAUACAUUUUUUUGUUGUUGCGUAGUUUGAUGGUUUUGAAGAGGUUUCAUUGCCAGACAUUGAGGAAGAGGAAGAAGGGAGUAAGGUUCAACCACCUCAGAGGAGCAAGAGGAAGAAGGAUGUCAACCACGUACAGGUAAGCAUGCAAAAGUCUGCACUCAUCUUAACCAGCUACAGCCAAAUAGCGGUCUGACUUCCUUACUGACCUGUAACGUUUAUCUGUUUCUCUGUCUUUGUGUGCUUUGACUUUAUCACUCUUUCUGUGUUUGAGUGCCAUGCCUCUGUAGCAAUCUCCGUGUUCAUUGAGUUUAUAGUUAUCUCUCUUUGUGUGUCUUUUUUCUAUGGCUGUGUGUCUUGUUGUAUAGCUGUCUUUGUGUGUACUUUAGCAGUAUAGAGGUCUCUGUUUCCCUCGCCUAUGUUUUUUUUGUUUGUCUUUGCUGCUGCAGGAUGUUGAUUGGGUGGAUGGAGGGAAAGAUUGUCCUUGCUCUUGCCAUGAAGUAGGAGGAGAACAAAGACUGAAGCGGUGUAAGAGGAGGAUGUGUAAUCAGUGUAGCAAUAAGGUGAGUAGGUGUUACAUGAUAAGUAAUGUCUGUUGACUUAGCAUGUGUACAUAUGGAUUAUUGUCCAUUUAUGAUACAUAGGUAUGCGAGAACCGAACUCAAAGAAGCAAGGAGAUGCUAGAAGGAGUAAGUGGAGGGCCACAGGGUGCCGCACGCCAUGCAUCCUCCUUAAAGGAAGCUGGUAAGUAGCUGAUCUGUCUUUUUUUUUUUUGCAGUGCAUACAAGGGUAACAUACAGGCAUGUGGUACCCCAAAGGCAUUCCACUUGCGUAUUUCAGAACAUAGGUAACAGUGGGGUACAUAGGGACAGUGCACAAUUUUUAUAUUUAAAUACAAGAGGGUCUAGGCAAGAUAACGUUCUAUGCUUGUAGUCCAUGCUUGACAACUUGUUGGUUUAACAUUUAUAUAUGAUUAGUAAUAAAGGUCAUGCUAAUUUAUGAUAGUCAUACAUUGGUAGUAAUGCUUCAACUUUUAAUUAGCUUAUAAGAUAUAUGUGUGUUAGCACAGAAUUGGUAUAUGUUUGUAUGGGUGUGCUUGGGUCAUGCUUAUCUUUGAUAAGUGUAAGAUAGGUGUUUCUCCGUGGGCGCUGUGAGGGUAUGCAUAUUCGCAUACCAUGAAGGUAGGAUGAGCACAUGUUGCUGUAAAAGUGCGGCUUAACUGCGUGGGUACGGACAUUGAUGGGGUAAAAACAUAUAUUGACUUCUGCGUGGUAUGUCAGGUUAUGCUUUGGUAGUGUCAGUAUAUGACUGGGCAGCGUUCAUGGGUGAGCGUGGAGAUGGGUGCCCACUCGCUGGUUGUUCACCCUAUACCUUCAGACGGGAACCGCGUCUGCGGCUCAUGUGGGUUGUUGGUCAGCCAUGGGUCAACCGGUUGCUCCCUCCAGCUCCGGGCUUGUUGCGAGGCCAGCAUCUUGUUGCCACGGACUCGGGGACUUUCAAAGGCCGGGUCCUUCCCUUUCAGGGUAGGUCGGGAGACCAUGGUGUUGUACCGCUUUUGGCGGGGAGGUCUCCGCCUGCGUGGUCGAUGCGCCGGGGUAAUCCCCAUGGUGGCCUUCGGCCCAGAUGGGCAAAUGUGCAGAGAUUUUGGCUGCUUUAUCCAUUCUUUGCCCGAGGGUAGCUUAGGUCCACUCUGGCCGGUGCCGUUGUGUCUGCUUCUCGUGCUCCUGCUUUCUUGCAUCCUCAGCUGUUCCGCUUCGCAUCGGGCCUAGAUCCGUGCCCAGAAUGCUUCAAACAGUGCGUUUAGGCGGGUGGUAAGCGAAUCUCUUGUGUCAGGUCUUCAUUCCGGAGGACCAGUUCCUUCCCUGGGUUGCGCGUCCGCCAUUUUAACAUGGCGGCUUGCCUGCCGGCUUGGAACGUGGUGAAGGCUGGAGUCAAUGAUCGAGGUCCACGGAGGUGUACUGCUUGGGACCGGGAUAACCCCCACCAGUCCUAAGGGGGCAGCUGUAUUCCGUGGGUGCUGCUUGUCUGAGUGGGUUGAGAGCGCGGCCGCCCCUCUCAUACCCUGCUUGGCGUAGGCCUCAGGUCCCGUCCCGGUCAUUCCCGGAGGUUAUGCUGGUCGUGUGAUUCAUCUCCCCGGUUCACCAGAUUCUGCGGAUCAGGUAGUGGUAUGUUGCGGUGUGUGGUUCAUUCGUUUUCAGCUGUUAAUUGGGCCCAGGCCCGGGAGCUCAUAACAUAGCUGAUCUGUCUUUGCAUCCACCCUUCCAGUGAUCUGAAAGAGAUUUUAUAAAUACAUAUUUAUAUUCCCACCUUGCAAGGAGGUUUGUUACGGAAGGAGGAUCCUUCUUCUUCAUCGUCUGUUCAUUCUGUAGCUCUAGAACAGGGGGUCCAAAAGGUAGAUCCCCAGAUGUUUUAAAACAACAACUUCCAUGAUGCCAUGUCAUUCUAAAGAGAUGCAAAGCAUCAUGGGAGGAGUUGGCUCUGGGGAUCUACCUUUUGGGCACCCUGCUCUUGAAUAUCAUGGAAUGAGGGUUCUGCGUUUUUUCCUUUGUUUCUUUUUGCCCUAGAUAAGGGCAUAAUGAUUCUAGCUAAUGGACUACUUACCCUCUAUUCUUUUUUUUUUUUUAUUUAGUAUCUUAUGGAUUGGUUUUUCCUUUCCUCCUUUUGUGUUAACUUGAUAGUUUUAGUAUCUUUUUCUAUGUCUCAUAGUCAGGAAAGAAGAUUGUGAAGGAAGAUUGGCUGGAGCUAAAGGAACGCCACUGGCAGACAGGCUGAUGGCAGGAGAGAAAGGAACAGUUGGCGGUAGAGCAUCAUCCAUUCCCGACAAUGUGGUCACUACAUCGAAGUCCCGGAAUACUGGCUGUUCUGUUUACAGUAAACGGAAGCCUCCCACAUUGGGUCACAAAAGUGGCAGGAAAUCCUUGGCAGUUACGCUUCCAGAUCCUGAUCUACCAUCACAGAAAGCUCUUGAUAGUUUCUCCCAUCUGCCCUCCUCUCCUCUUCUUCCCCCCACAUGUACCUCUGUAACUGCUGCUGAAGACGACAAAGAUAACACGGAAAGCAUCCCAAGUUGUUCCACCUCCCAAAAAUUGGAUUCUACAUCAGUUAGUAGCCAGGAGAGUAAAGAUGUUUACACUCAACAAGAAAAGAAAUGCAGCGAAAAAGAGGAACAGACUCUUACUGUAUGCGCCCAAAACAUUACGGUCAGCUCGAGUGGAGAAAAGGUCAUCCUCUGGACCAGGUACGUGAAAGCAUUAAAGGAACUCUCCAUUAACAUUUUAUUUUUUAACAAUUUAGGACAUUAUUCACUAGGAACAUUCAGGUAUGUUUUCCUGUAUGAUUUCUUGGUGAGGUGUGAAAAAAAAACUUUGCAAACCCUCCUUUUAAUACUGUGCAUGGGGAAUGACCAAUGAUUUCGUAUUGAAGCUUCUCAGUGAGCUGUAAUACUGAGUUUGACAGCCAGGGAGGUGUUUCUCACCCUUCUGGCACUUUGAUAAUCUGUCAAAAAUGACAGACUCCAGAAACACAGCACAUCAGCACUGUGUUUGAAGUGUUCCUUUAUGGAUGACAGACGUUAUUUGAGUAACCAUAAGGUCUCUAAUGGUACACUCUAAGCACCAAAUUAACUUUAAUGUAAUGAAGCAGUUUUGGUGACUAGGUUAUGCAGUAUCGCUGCUCAAUUCUCUGACAUCUAGGAAUCAAAAAAUCACUUUUGUUUCUGUUUAUGCAGCCCUAAACACACAUUCCCUGGCUGUGACUGACACAGCCUCCAUAAAAAAAAUGGUUAGAUUUUUAGAUCAAAUUUCACUGCAUAGUGAUUAAAUUAGAUGUUCUUAUUUCCUACUCUGUUAAUUGAACUUUAAAAACAUACAAAAUUAAACCCUGUGCUCAAACUACCACAAUUCCUGGGCUGUACCAAGGAAUAUAGUACACAUCAUUCACAAUAUAUAGAAUAAAAACCGAGAAAAAUUACAUGUAAACUAUCACAAAUCCCAAAGCAUAUUUAAGUACAUGGAUGCAUUUUUUUGUUUUUUUUUAGUUGUGUAUAGAUAAUACAAAGAGGCUUGCAAUGCCACAACAGCUAGAGCAAGCAUUUUAAUAGACAUAGAUUGACAACUGUAUGGCAUUUGAUAACACUGCACAUUUUUAUGAAAUAAAAUAGAAUAAGAGAAACAAGCUAGCCUACACGGAAAAGGAUAAGUGAUGCAUUUGCAGAUUACUCAGAUGUGUCCUAACAUUAGACUUAAUAACAGUAAUUUUACUUACCGUAAAUUCCUUUUUUCUCUCGUAUAGUGGCAGUACUUACAAGUGGGAUGUUCCUUCUGUAUUGGACAAGAAGCUCCCCCUUCUUUAAAAGAAAAUGGAGUGCCCCGCCUCCUGCCCCUAUAUAUCCUGUACCUUAGAGGAGAACUCCAGUAAUACAAAAUAACCGAGACAGAAAACUGCAAAAAGUUAUUAAAUUCAUAAAAAGUGGAGGGAAAGACAGUACUGCCACUAUACUUAAAAAAAUUUACGGUAAGUAAAAUUACUGUUUUUUUCUCUCGUAUAGUGGCAGUACUUACAAGUGGGAUAUAGCAAGAUCCCAGAAAAUGAAGAAAGGGUGGGAACUUAGAAGGCUACCGCCUGUAGCAUCUUAUGCCCAAAGCAGUUUAAAAGGAUGAGAAUAUGUCCAGCCUAUAACAUGAAUGAAACGUAUGCCAUGAAGACCAAGUAGCCACUUUACAGAUGUCUUCAGGCGAGGCAGCUGCCUUUUCUGCCCAGGAAGUUGCCAUAGCCCAAGUGGAGUGGACCUUCAAUGGUAAUCCAAUCGGAACCCUUUGGAUUGGUAAGCCAGCUAAAGGUAUCAAUUAGCCCUCUGGACAAAGAAUGUCUGGAGGCAGUACAACCUUUGUUAGCUCCCUGGAAGAAGACAAAGGGAUGAUCUGAAGGGUCCUAAAGCCUUGUGUUCUCUGAAGAUAUAUUUUCAAUGCUCUUCUAACAUCAAGGAGAUGCCACUUUCUUUCAAGAUCCGACAAAGGAGAUUGGCAGGAGGAAGGUAGAACCAUAAGCUGGUUCAUAAAUGCAAUUGAAAGAACGUCGGGCAAAAAAUGAAGGCCUGGGGUGCAGGACCACUUUGUCUUGAUGAAAAAAAAAAAUAGAAAAAAAAAAUUCAGGAGCUGAAGAUAGAGCCUGAACUUCACCUAUCUUUUAAAUGAGUUGAAAGCCACCAGGAACGCCAUCUAGAAAGACAGCAGUCUCAGGGGAACCACUAGGAAUGGUUCAAAAGGGUUUGAAGAACCCAGGACAAAUCCCAGGUAGGAAAGGGAGAUAGCUUGGGAGGACGCUUUAGACGUAUGGAUUUAAAAAGCCUGCGGAAAGCCACUGUUGUGGUAUUGCAUAACUGCAUCCUUACUGUCCGAUUGGCGGUAACGGGACCGAAAGACAUUGGUGCCUUCCAUAUAGGUCCUGUACAGCUAUUUGCUUUUCACCCUCUGAAGUUGGAGAAAGCCUUUGCAUUUAUCCCGUUCCAAACACCUUGACAGAACUGAGAACCUAGAUGGGCGCCCCAACCUGUCUGGGAAGCCUCUGUGGUAAUCGUAAUCAAACUUUUUAAUGUAAAAGAGAGGUCUUUUGAAAUGUUAUUAGCCUUUCCACCAAUUCAGUUGUUUCUUCACACCUUUGUCUGACCAUUGGGAAAGAAUAUCCCAUUGAAAUGGUCUUAAAUCCGCUUUUGCCCACGCCACUGCUGGGAAUGCAGAACUGAGGAGUCCCGGUAUACUCAUUGCUUCCCUGAUGGAGCUUGAGUCUUUCCGCAGACCUGUCACAGCUUUGGAAAAAGGUCUUUGUUUCGACCUUGGAAGGACAAGAGACAGGGACCUUGAGUCUACCCGAAGAUUUUUUGGGUUUAGGAGCCAACCAUGUUCUUUCCCAACUUGUAGUGAUCUCGAGGAGUGAUCUCAGCAGUAAAGAUGUGAGGAGUAGAUGACAGGCCAAAUGGUAGCGCUUUGAACCGAAAGAGGAUGCUUCCGGGAGGACUCGGAUACCGGCACCUGGAGGUAGGCAUCUUUAAGGUCUAAUUUGCUUGAAUUCUUCCUUGAAGGAUGUGUGCAAGCGUUGCCCUUCUUGAGGUCUAGGAUAGGCCGGAAGGAUCCGUCUGUUUUUUUUUACUAAGAACAGGUGAAUGUAGACUCCUCGACACUCCCAUUUUUUUAGGCACCUUCUCAACCACAUCCUUGCGUAAAAGGAUAAGGGAUACUGCCAGGAGUGCCUCAGAUUUCUUUAUCGACAGAGAACCUGACAGCAGGAAAGAUGGUUGUGGUAUUGCAGAAGACUUGAUUCAGUAACCUUCUAAAUGGUUGUUUGAAUCCAACAGGUUGAUGUUAUAUUCUUUCAUUUGUUGGGAUCACUUCACCCGGUUUCUGAAAUUUACAAAAAAUGUCCUUUCAGAUACCCUCUGAGUAAUGAAAGGAAACGCUGACCCCUGAACAGAUAACUCAUAUUUUUGAGGUCUCGAAUCUAGAGGUAGAGCCUUCUUUGUUGCAGACAUUUGCUUAAUGUCUUACAUGGAGUAACAAAAAACAAGUACCCCUCGAAGGUAGAUAACACAAGGUGGCUUUUGAGGCUGAAUUAGCUGUCCAUUUCUAAGCCAUAGGGCUCUUCUAGCCUCUGAGGAAAAACCCAUGAUUCUGGCAGAUGAACGUAGAAUCUCAUCAGAGGCAUCCAAAAGCUCGUUAGAUAGUUUCAGGAGGAACAUAAGCUGGACAGGAUCGUUAUCAGAUUUUCCCAUAAGAGACUCUUCUAGGGCUUGGAGCCAAAUGCUCUGUGCUCUAAGAACCGCUGAACCUGUAUCUCGGCUUCAACAAGAAAUCCCCAUACAAGAACUAACCAGGACCGAGUCCGGAUGGCUACUGAGACCUAACGAGCUCGGGCACUUUCAGACUGGUAUGGUCAUAGGCUCUUGCAGUUUGAAAAAUAAGUUUGCCAUUCUUCAAAAUAAACGUCUAUCAGGAUCUUCCAAGCUCUUUGUAGGAGAUCCAUUAGUUUGGGAAGCAGUGGGAAGCAUUUAACCUUACCCCUGGAAGGUUCAGGUUCCUGCACAGCUGUCACAACUUUUCUUUAAGAAUAUUUAGCUUGCGGCACUGAGGUUCUUAGUUGGACUUCCAUACAAGUACUAACCAGGCCUGAGUCUGCAUGGCUUUUGAGAUCUGACAAGAUCAGGCACUUUCAGACCGGUAUGUCCGGAGGCUGCUGGUGGAAAACCUUCCUCCACACUUGAAGCCAAACUGGAAAUGUCAGAAGGUGAGUAAGAACAUUCCCCUGAUGAGAGCUAAGACAGGGAAGGAGACACUCUCUCCUACGUUGUCUGAAUCUAUGAAAGAUUCAAAAGUCUGGGACAAAAAUUCCUGGAACCAGCACAGGAAGGACAACAUAUCAGAUGCUCGGCUUUCUCUAGCAAUACCAUGGAGCACUGAUAGCAGGUCUUUUAGGACAUCCGUCCGGUAGAGGGACUGCACAUCCCAGACAACAUAGUGCUUAAUAAGUAUACUAAUGGCCUUUAUAGGGACAGAAGCUGACAACUGCUCUUUACCAGACUUAUCUGGAUUAUAUAAGCAUGCAACAGUGACAGGUGUCAAAUGGUAGUUUAAAGCGUUAAAUCUCACCUCAAGCACCUCAUAACCGUGUAAGAGGACUGGUGACACGGGGAACCAGACUGUACACCCACCCUUGGGGUCAGUCAGGUUCUGCACAGCUUUAAAAGCCAAAUAUCUUUUAAAUUUUAUAAAAUUUUGCGCCAAAUUCACUGACCCUGUUUUGCGCAUGCGCAGUAGCGCGAUUCAGUGUUCAGUGGAAUGCACUACCUCCAUGCGUGCGUUUCACUGGUGUGCGCAUGCGUUUGAAAAAAUUAGUGGGAGGUCCGCCUGGGAUUUCUAGUGACCACAAAUAGAAUGAUUUCCGGUCGCGUUCCGUAACGCAAAUCCGUAAGUAUGCCUGCCGCUCAGCUGCCACCUGGGGAGCUAUCGGGCACUCACCUCCCCGAUCAGCAGCCUGUGCUGACCGCACUAUUCUCCACCUGGAUCCUUGGAGGAGCUGUCCGUCCCGUUGCCGGGACUAGAAGAACUGGAGUUCUCCUUUAAGGUACAGGAGGCGGGGCACUCAAUUAUCUUUUAAAGAAGGGGAAGCUUCUUGUCCAAUACAAAAGGAACAUCCCACUUGUAAGCACUGCCACUAUACGAGAGAAAAAAAAAUCUAUAACUGAGAAACGUAGCUUGAGUUUGGACACUGCUAUAAUAAACAAGAGUAUGUGUACUCAAGGUGUCAAGCACAUCUAAAGUAUAAGGAGGAGUAAAAAAAAAAGCCACUGGAGCUUUUCUAUAGUUAUGUUAAAAGCCACCAAAGGACUAAAAGGUAGGAGAGGUAAGACUUUAUCAAGCAUACUGGCCACAUGAAAUUGUCCCCCAGCUUACACCAGCCACCAGGUCCCCAAAAUCCAGCCAGUACUAGACCAUCAGAUCCAGGGCGCCACACAAACCCGCAUCCUUGCCAUCAGAUUCAGUCUGUCCAGCAGCCGUAAUCGGAGUACCCAGAGAGGUACUAAUGACGUUGCUGUCGCUUGCGGACUUCCCUCCAGGGUAUAGGGCCAUUGUGAGGAGUCUCCAUUAGGUUUGAACCCAGUGUAAGUAGCUGUAGCUGCCAAAUUCAAGUGCUGGGCGCAUGACGGCACAAGGACCAUAGGAACCAAAAGCAUUAAAGCCUCUGUCUCGUCGAGUGUGCCUCUCCGCAGGCUUAUCGUUAAACUUUCAUUAGGGUUCCAGGCUGCAGCCAUCUUAGAAGAAGGUCACCCAGGCCCUUAGUGUGGUCUGCCAAUGAAUAGCCUCUGAGUGACUUAUGAGUCCUCCAGCAGGGACUGGGAUAACCCCCACCGGUCCAAAGGGGGGGAUGGUACGGGACCAGUCAUACAAUGGAGCGACGUGUUAACACGCAGCUUCGGGUCGGAGAGCAAAACAGCGGGUAUAAAGGUAGGCCACAAUCCCAGGGAUUACACACUCCGGGGCUCUUAUUCUCCGGUUCCAGGUCAGAUCCACAUUACCGGUAGUCACAGUAAUAAUAUGCUGCAGUUUUCCAGUGCAAGGUAGCCAGGUAGGUAUGUUUUAAUUGAUUUUAGGCCAGAGCCCUCUGGAGCUGUUCUGACAUGCAGCCAGCCAGCAUGGCUGUAAGCCUCGUGUCAGGGCUUACCUUAGUUGGGAGUAAGGUAGGCAGAGAUUUGUGCUCACCCUUGCAGAUAUACACAGUGCAAGGUGAUAAGGUUAGAAACCACCAGGACUGUGAAUCUGUGCACGGGGGCUGUGCAUGAAAGGUGAUACAAUUCGCAGUACAGACAAAGGCAAAUCCAGAAGAGUAGUCAGACACGGUUCCAAAGGUCAGGGAAGGCAAUAAACAGGCAAUUACGAAGAUCCAGAAGCAGGGGUCACUAGCCAAGUCAAUCUAUAAGGAACAGGAAACAAUGAACUGACAAUGUUCUUAGGGAGGGGCAGUGUUUUAUGCCCAGCUAAUGAGUGAACUUAGAUGGACAGGUAGGAGCCACUGCUGAUGUCCAAACCCCUAGUGCUGCAGGCAAUGCCAGGAAAACAAGAUUAAAACCAAAGUUCAGAAGUGGCUCAGAGGCAGGAACUCUGGCUUAGGAUGCAGAAGGCCCCAGGUUCAAAUCUCCUGCACUUCUGUGGCGACCGCGCCUGGCUGUGUGGAUGGCACGGUGAGAACCGUGACACCUCUCCCCCCAACUGGAGGUUUUUUAAUGUCACUUCAAUGGCCAUUAAACUUCUUAGCUGAGUUCUACACUAACAAUUAGCAUUGCUGCUUAACAUUGCAACAUCUUUAAUAAGACUGGGAUAUUUUUCUAAACCCCUGCGCAAUAAUUAACCUUGAAUAGAUUACACAUGGGGUGGACGGCAGCACUAUAACAUGGCUGGGUAAAUAUAAACAUACAAAAUUAAGCCAUGUGCUUAAACGCUCACUACUCCUGGGCAGCAGCAAUGACUACAGUACCCAUCAGCCCCAAUACAUAGAAAAAAAAAUAGAAUUAACUGCGCACUAUCCCAAAUUCUCAUAUUGAACUUGCACACAGGAGAGGCUCCUGCAGGCUUUAGCACAGGGGUAGGCAACCUUCAGCACUCCAGAUGUUGUGGCCAAAUCCCCCAUAAUUCUGACAAAGCAUCAUGGGAGGUGUAGUCCAAAACAUCUGAAGUGCCAAAUGUUGCUUAUACCUGCUUUAGCAGAUUAUUGAGCAUGACAUAAGGUCUUUUGAAUUAAAAGAAGAAAAAAAAAUCUCUCAGCCAGAGAGGUGUGGUUAGAUAUGCACAAACAAAGUGAUUUAAAGUGGAUGUGUUACUGAACAGAUCCCUUUUCCCUUCCAUUUUGGGACCUGAGGCCAUCUUUACGUUUUAGAAGAUGGCAGCCCUCUGAAAUAGUAUUCUCUUCCCAUUGCUGUGCACACUUUUCAGCUGACAGCCAAAGAAAUAAGGAAACUGAGCAUGUUCAAAAUACAGGCUUUGUACAUGCUGAAUAGGGGAUCACAGGCGCUUCCAGUGACCUCCAUUUUCUCUCCCAAUUACGUAGUUGACAAAGGCCAUGGAGCUUGAUUAAACGUCCACCAUUCUGUCAUCCUUCGAGUUAAACAUAAGAAAAUAUAGUCCCUACUAUUUCUUAUGUUUAACUUAAGAAUUAAAGGGAUGCACUAAAACUACUUUGGUUUAAUGAAGCAGAUUUGAUGUAGAGAUCAUGCCCCUGCAGUCUCACUGCUCAGUUGUCUGUCAUUUAAGAGAUUAAUCACUUUUGUUUCUGUUUACACAGCCACACCUCCCUGAAUCUGACACGUACAGACUUCCUUAACACGUCAUAUAAAGAGAUCUAAUGGUUAUACUUCCUUUAUUGCACAUUCUGGCAAAUCACUAAAUGGCAGAGAAUUUAGCAGGUGGAAUGCAGGGGACUCCUUCUUUCUCUAAUUCACUAUUGUUUGAGAUAAAGAAUGAACAAGUAACUUACACCCUUAGUGCAUGACUUUGCAUGUAUCUUCAUUAAAGGGAAACAAUCAGUUUUCCUGGGACUGCAGGUCCCCUCUCCCUCCCACCCCCCCAGUCCCCGGUAGCUGAAGGGGUGAAAACCCCUUCAGUAACUUACCAGAGGCAGCGACGAUGUCCCAGGUCGCUGCUUCUUCCUCCACGCCGCUCCUACCUGUGAUAGCGUUGGCCGAUGGGCGAGACUGAUCCCGCCCACCGGCCGGGGAGACCUAAUGUGGUACGCAUGCGCAUUAGAGCUCCCCAUAGGAAAGCAUUGAAAAGCAUGGGGAAAUGAGCGACGCUGGAGGUCCUCACACAGCGUGAGGACGUCCAGCGACGCUGCUAGACACCAGGAAGUGCCCUCUAGUGGCUGUCUAGUCUAGUAGACAGCCACUAGAGGUGGAGUUAACCCUGCAAUGUAAUUAUAAAAAAACUGCAAUAAUUACUCUUGCAGGGUUAAGAGUAGUGGGAGUUGGCACCCAGACCACUCCAAUGGGCAGAAGUCGUCUGGGUGCCUGGAGUGUCCCUUUAAGUGUUAUCUGCCAUUUGAGUGCCCAGUCCCCGGUCUAUCUAAAUCGUUCUUCCAGCGAAGUAAUGUCCUGCUUACACCAUAUUACUUUAGAGUUUUGUGUCUGAAACAUAACUUUCAGUGCCUAUUUGUUUUUUCAAUUUAUAUUUUUAUUGAAUGUUUGCAUUUAAGCAUUCAUUCUUGUCAGAGUAUCACAGUGGAAAAUAAACAUUAGAAACUUAACAGUACAUUUCUGUUGUGGGUAAGCAAGCAUUUUGUGGAUGCUUUUCCCUCUUUAGAACGUGGGUGAGUAUGUGCCUGGUUCCUCCGGUCUCCUCCAACGCAGGGACUCAGAUCUCGUUGUGUGUUAUUGUUCUUGCCAGGGGGUCUGGGUUGUGUGCACAGAGCCUAGGAUGGUAGUAUUGUCUCGGGAGGGCUGGAGUAUAGGAGGGAAUGGACCCAUGCAACUGGUUCGUGUGCACUGCCCUAUAUAUUUGGUUCAAUGCCCAUUUCAAGAUCAUUUAUAGUCAUGUUGAAUUGUAGCAGUUCCAGAAUAGAACCACGAGGGACACGACUUACCACUUUUGUCCAGUUUGAAAAUUUACCUUUAAUGACAACUCUCUGUAUUCUGUCUUUCAGUCAAUAUUAUACCCAAAAACAAAAAGUUUCAUCUAGACCAAGCCUAUUGUGUGGAACUGUAUUGAAUGCUUUAGCAAAAUUCAAGCAGAUCAAAUCCACUGCAACAUCCUGAUCCAUACUUCCACUUACUUCAUCAUAGAAUGCGAUAACAAUGGUUUUCCCCAAUGAAUUUCUGAAAAUUAAUUAUCCCUUGAUAACCCUUCAAAUACUUUAACAGAUACAGACGUUAAGCUCACAGGUAUUUAAUUGCCAGGCAAAUUUAAACAUCUUUAGUUUAGAAAAGCGUCACCUCAUAGGGGAUAUAACAGUAUACAAAUAUAUCCGCGGCCAAUACAAACCAUUGUGUGGGGGGGCGUGUCCGGCGGCCGAGGAAAAUGGACGCCUAAAGCAGAAGCUCCUUGUGGCGCCCGCAACAAAAGAGCCAGAACAGCGCAUACCGCUCGACCACGCACAAAAUAUGGGUCGCACACGGAAGCCCGCAGACCCCAGCAGCACCCCGAGGUCGUCAGGCAGGGAGGGGGAGCAAUCCAUCCGCUCCUACCUUCAAGCCACGGCCCGCCCGCGGUCACCGCAACGGGAGAUGGAGGAGGUGAGCCAGGGUAUAGAGUCCUUCCCCUCCACACCGGCCAGACUGUCACCCACACCCUCAUUCAGCUCUGAGCCACAAUUAACGCAGGAGGGUGAGUGGAGGGCCAUACUGCCAAAUCUCCUCACUAAAGCGGACUUUGAGGCCCUGUCAGACCGCCUAGGCAGAGUGGUGAGGGAGGAGGUGGCCCAGCUACGCGCAGACCUGGCUAAUGUGGAGGCCCGCAUGUCAGUAGCGGAGUCAGAGACCAGAGCGCUCCGUACAGACCUGGAACACACCAACUCCACAGUCACCAGCCAGGAAGCAGACCUAGCCAGUCCCACCACAUGGGUAGACGAUCUGGACAACCGCGGCCGCAGACUGAACCUGCGCAUCCGCGGGAUGAGGGAGGGUGACCCAGCGGAACACAUACCCGACACCCUAAAGAGGCUGUUCGCUCAGGUACUGGGGGGCCAGCAAAUACCCAGACUUGGCAUAGUAAGGGCACACAGGGCACUGCGACCAAUGCCGCCACCAGAAGAACAACCAAGAGAUAUCAUAUGCUGCCUAGAAAAUUACCAAUUGAAAGAAGACAUCCUGCGCACGGCCCGACGCAUGGGAACCAUACGCUUCGAGAAUCAAACCAUAUCGAUUUAUCAAGACCUAUCUAGAUACACCCUACAAGCCAGAAGAGCGCUACGCCCAGUAACAUCCACCCUGCAACAAGCUGGAAUACCAUACCGCUGGGGUUACCCAUUCUCACUCUCAGCUAGACACGGCCAGGUUCAACAUACGGUGAAGAAACCAAGCGAUCUCCCAGGUUUCCUUCGAGCCAUGGGCAUCCCACCGAUCCAAGUACCAGACUGGCUGGCAAGCUCCUUUCUCCAACCACCGCCCGGACCACAACAGCCGCGCAGACCAGACCAGGGUCCCCCAAGACUCCAGCAACAGCGACGCAGAGACUGGAACCCAGGCCCGGCACGACAGGAGCAGGAGAACUAACAGAGCACCACGCUGAGAGGAGGGGCUGACGAUCCAGAGAUCAACUCGAAACAGGACACAAAGGGCAAACUGUGAGUACUAUUUGGGGUCACACGCGAAACUAUAACAGCCACACAGACCACGAUGGGGAGGGGGAUGGUGGCAUGGGGGAACAGGAGCGAAGCACACACUGAAGGGACUGUCAACGGCAAGAGCUCCUUGUGGAGGAAACGCCUUGCCCGCUGUCAGGGCCAUGGGGAGGACAAAACAGGACGAUUUGGGUGGGAUACGGGAUCCAGCUCCUGCACCGGCACGAUAAACCCCGGACGGACAACGCAACUUGGCGGUGUUAUGACAUGGGACACAAUACUGGCCGAAAGACGCCAACAAAGACACAACGCAACGGAGGGAGGGAGGGUCAGAAGGGGAAAUGUCCACUGAAAGGGGGGAAGAAGGGGAGGGGGUGGGGAAGGAAUGGGGGAACACACGCACACAGGGGAAAGGGGGGGAAAGGAAACAACAACAAAAAAAAAACCCAAACACGGGGGAAAGAAACAGACACAGCACACGAGCAAGGAAAUAGGGGAGAGGGGACCAACGAGACAGACGAGUGGGACAAGCCAACAGGAGCUAGGGGUAAACAGAAGGGGACCCGUGACAAUAACCUAUAGGCAUAAUCCAUAGGCACAACCCCCGACAGAAUCACUUCCCAAGCAAACCACGGAUACACAUUAAGCAUAGGCACCAAAGGAACCAUUGGCAGAGGGGCCACAGUGGAAAGCACCCGAGAUGACCCAACAGGAACCCAACACGAGACCGCCCCAAGGAAACCCCACCCAUCAUAUUAGCGCACAGACGACAUACCACAUACGACGCGCACCACACACACGUUAUCGUCAGGCAGCCCACAGACACAACAGGUGACCUAAACACCAAACAGAAGCCAGAGAUGGAGUAGGAAAUAGAACAACUAGUCACGCUGGAACCAUGGGAAAUAGGAAAAUACAGGGACUGAAACCCAGACACGCCGGACCCAUACCCACAUCAUGCCCACAUCAUCGGUGUGGCACAGGCAGGAAGGUAGCGCCACCAGUCAAGUUACCCCACUAGAAUGACACCACUCACAGGCCCGGAUAAUAGGACGGCCCCGACCCCACAAGACCCGGAACUGCAACGAACACACGCCUAGAUAGGAACACGCGAAGCGAGAUAACAUGUGAGACAAAGACAUGCACAAGCUAGGAAGCACCACCGCGGCAGACAGUAACACGCAUGCUACCUGAAAGAUGACCCAUGCAAGCACAAUACCGAAGAGAGGGAGCGGAUGCUCCAAUAUCAUAGCCACUAAGGAGACAUGCGACCACACCCUACAUACCGAACCAGGUAACACACCCCUCACCUACAUAGCACGGACCGGCUUCACAAGGCAUAAAGCCCGACACCCCAAUAGGCAUAGGACACGACUAUCCCCACUCCAAAGGGGACGUACUACACCCGGCACCGACGUAGGCACACCACUUGGUGAGACCUAUAGGCCGAACAACCGGGACACUUGUCCAUUACCCUACACACCCUCAAAACAACCAACAGCAAGUACCCACUAAGCCGUAGCCCAAACGACAAUAAGACAGCACUGAACCGCACACAUACACACACCCCCGCACCCAGACCCCGCCUGCCCUGCCCCCGUUGCCCCUCCGGGCCGCUGCGAGGAUGCAGGCACAAGAACCCAACGGAUUCGCAAGGGAGGACAUAUGCAUCGUUUCCUACAAUGUGCGAGGCCUAAAUGUUAGGGAGAAACGAACAAGACUGCUAAGGGACCUAAAACACUACAAAGCAACAAUAGCGUUCAUCCAAGAAACGCACUUCCAGGAGGGCAGAGCACCGGCUCUAAAAGACCGCAACUACCCAACGGGAUACUUCAGCCACAACCAAGAUAGACGCACACUGGGAGUCUGCAUCCUCUUCUCACGACGAGUCCCGUCCGAGGAGCAAGUCACCGUUCGAUGCAAGCAUGGCAGAUAUAUUUUUACAAAAGGCAAAAUAAUGGACCAAAUAUACACAUUCGCCAACAUAUACGCCCCAAAUACGAAACAACACCACUUCCUCCGAAGCACACUAACCACGCUGAUGAAAUUCAUGGAAGGCACCCUGAUCAUAGGAGGAGACCUCAACCUGGCGAUACACCCGGGCCAGGACUCCACCUCAGCACUCGGACACAUAUCGAUCAACAGACACGCCAACACACUCUGCCUUUUCCACCUCCACCAGCUGGCAGACUGCUGGCGAGCACUGCACCCAACUGCACGAGAUUAUACUUUUUAUUCUACGACACACUCGACAUAUACAAGACUUGAUUAUUUCCUAGUACCUCACCGCGACCUAGCUCUGCUCACCGCGGCAGAAAUCCUGCCAAUUACUUGGUCAGACCACAACCCAAUCCGCAUACGGAUUAAGUCGCCACUAUACAAACCCAGACAAAUGUCGUGGCGACUGAACGAAUCGAUCCUUUCAGACGUCUCGGUCGUAGACCAAAUCAACCACCACAUACAGGACUACUUCAAAGACAACGAGACAGACGACGUCACCCCACUGACAAGCUGGGAAGCUCACAAAACAGUCAUCAGAGGUAGAUUCAUCACGAUAUGCGCGACCCGCAAAAAGAAGGCGACACAGACGAUACAAGUACUCAGUAAGGAGAUCAGGGAACUGGAGGCUAGACACAAACGCACCAUGGACAUGACGAUAUACGAGGAACUCACGACUAAACAGAACCAACUCACCGCGCACUUGAACCGAGCAAUCCAACGCUCAUACCAACACUACAAACAUAUGAUCCAUGAACACGGGGACAAGUGUGGGAGACUACUGGCGAACCUCCUGAAGCAACGCCGCAACCAACUGUACAUUCCGAAGAUUAAAGACGCACACCAACAACUCAGACACCUGCCAGACCAGAUCUCGACAGCGUUCCACGAUUACUACCAGGACUUAUAUCGCUUCCGUGAACCAGAUCAAGAACUUCAGAGGCCUCAAAGAGCCGAGGACAUACGCAGAUACCUAGACACGGCAAAUAUACCAGGAAUAGAGGAGGUGGACCAGGAAGCCUUAGAGGCCCCCAUAACACCCGAGGAAUUGGCAUACGCCAUCAAAAAAGCGAAAACGGGCAGGGCUCCGGGCCCAGACAGCCUACCCCUGCAAUACUAUAAAACCUUCGCAGCGGACCUCUUACCGAAACUACUGAAAGCCCUGAACUCAAUCCAAGACGGAGCCACACCAACAGCCCAAUUCACCUCGGCAAACAUCACCCUUCUCCCAAAGGAAGACAAAGACAAGACGCUGUGUCCAAGCUAUCGCCCGAUAUCCGUACUGAAUACGGACCUCAAACUUCUGGCAAGCAUACUGGCAGCACGCCUGGCACCACUCCUGCCGACCAUAAUCCAUUCAGAUCAAACAGGUUUUAUCCCAGGGAGGGAGGUGAAGGACAACACAAUCAGAGCCUUAAACCUCAUAGCACAUGCAAGAGGGCAGAAGACCCCAGUCCUGCUCCUGUCCACAGACGCAGAGAAGGCGUUCGACAGGGUGGACUGGGAUCUGAUGUUCGAAACACUCCGCCACCUGGGCAUAGGCCCACACUACAUGACCUGGGUACAGGCGCUCUACACGGACCCAACGGCCCGAAUUCGGAUAAACGGGGCACUGACAGACCCAUUCCAGAUUCACAACGGAACCAGACAGGGCUGCCCGCUUUCACCCAUACUCUUUACGCUGACGCUGGAGCCCUUCCUGAGCAGGAUCCGACAGAACACUGACGUCCGAGGGUUAACAGUCGGGAACACGCACCACAAAACCUUGGCAUAUGCAGACGAUAUGCUGUUCGUGGUUACUGACCCGGAAAAAUCGCUACAAGCGAUACAGACGGAAUUCGACAUAUACGGCCGCAUCUCGAACCUCCGAAUCAACUACUCAAAAUCGGAAAUACUGAACAUAAAUAUCAGCAACACACUUAAACAAACAAUUCAGAGGCAACAACCAUACCGCUGGUGCGACCGCCGAAUGAAAUACUUAGGGGUCUGGCUCACACCAGACGCAGGGGAUCUCUACACCCAUAACUACCUCCCGAUACUGCGAAAGGCUAAGGAGGAACUGCGUAGAUGGGGUUCUUACUACAUGUCUUGGCUGGGCAGAGUGAACGCAGUGAAAAUGACCCUAUUACCGAAGCUACUUUUCAUAUUCCAAACGAUACCGAUAAGAGCCCCGCAAACAUUCUUCGCGACACUUAAGACAGAAGUUCGCACUUUUAUCUGGAAGGGCAAAUCCCCACGCAUAGCACAUACCCAACUGAUCCUGCCCAAGCUCAAGGGGGGCCUGGCACUUCCCGACUUUGAAAAGUACUAUCAUGCGGCACACAUCGCCAGAGUAGUCUGCUGGUCGGUAGCCAGCGGCGCAAAACCAUGGACACAACUAGAAGCAGACACGACCGGAUGCGACCUCAGAACCCUACCAUGGAUCCCCAAAACAACAUACGGGAGCAAACAUAUCACCAACCCGUUUGUGGCGGCAACCAUGCGAAUAUGGCACGGACAAGGCACAAAACACUACCUGACAACGGACCCAAGCCCGCUCCUGCCCCUGAAGGGAAACCCAGAUUUCCCGGCAGGGGAUUAUGGCCCCACACCAGGCCUGCCGGGACACACGGGGGUACCCCGCAUGAAAGAUGUCCUCCGCCACCCGUUUGAAAUCAGACCAUUGACGGACAUAUGCCCAGGCAGACCACACACAUUUGCCCACACCCUAGCAAGAGCCCAAAUCACCAAAUAUGCCAGAUCCAUCCCGCAGCGACCGGCAAUCACGAGGGAACCAACACAAUUCGAGAACUUAUGUACACAGGACAAGGAACCACCACGAGCCAUCUCACAAAUAUACAAUAUUCUGAUAACGAGCAGGUACCUCUUAGCACCACCGUGCAUCAGAAAGUGGGAAGAAGACUUGGAGGAGCAGAUGACGGAAGCAGAGUGGGAUAAAAGCAUGACCCUGAUUCAGAAAACACCGAGCUCGCACACAAGAAAACUCGUAUAAGAUAUUUACCAGAUGGUACCUAACACCGACAGCACUUCACGCCAGAAACCCAGAAAUCCCAGAUACGUGCUAGAGAUGUUGGGAGGAGACCGGAACGUUCACGCACAUAUGGUGGACAUGCGCCCGUAUUAGACCAUUCUGGGACAGAAUCCGGUCGAUAAUACAGGAGGUCACGGAUGAGCACCUGCCACAAUCCCCAGCCUCCUUCCUACUACACCACACAACUAUGGCGACACCAACAUACAAGAGAUCGGUUAUCCCCAGACUCCUAAAUGCGGCCAAAGUGACUAUCCCUAUAUACUGGAAGCAAACCAACAUACCACCCAUAUCAAAGUGGAUAGAGGAGGUGGAAGCCACAAGGAUAUUCGAGGACAUGAAAGCAGAAACCCCGAACCUCAGAGACCACCACACCAAACGCUGGUUCCACUGGACGAGACUGAUCACGUCGGACUCAUUCAGACGUCACAUAAUCGCGCCAUGAAAGUCGACGGGAAGACGAGAAAGAAAACACUACGAGAAGCGAAUCAAAGACGGUGAGAUGCGGCGGACCGGACGGGCACGGGAGGCGGACUACCCCAACCAUCCCACCCUAACCCGCACCCAGACAGCACCACAUUAAGACAUUCACCGACGCUACCUGAGACGAACACUCUAUACACAGACAGGAUAACAACCACGAAGCAGGCACACCCACAAAGACAUACUCAGGAACAAAGACGGUCAGGACAGUAACAACAGAACCCCCCCCACACCUCAUCCACGGCAGGCCAGGCACCCACGGGGACAAACACUAGCCCAAACACAAUCACGUAUACCCAAAGAACCUCGCUGUCAAACAAAUAACCACACUCCGAGUAAAAUCGAUGUAUACACACUGAAACACGGACCUCCAGGCAGGCUACACCACAAUAAGAUAGGGAGAUAUACCAUAGUUGAAACACAUGAACCACUGAGAUGUACUAGAUUACUCAAAUGCUCCUUAGCACGCCAAGCAGAACACCACACUGAAUACGCGGACAAAAGCUACACGGGGCCAGUCGCACACGGCAACGAAACAUUAAACUACACAGCGCAACAGACACGCAGACACGUGAGCAGACAGCAGCCACACACAUACAUGGUAAGAUAUUGCACAAUGUCAGAUGAUUUCCAUUCUAAUAUGGAGACACAAACAGGAAAUCAAUAGGCCAAACACUGCCAGCAGGAAAGCGAGAUACACCUAGCACGGGACCAGAGCAACCAGAGACCAGAUACGACAGGGCCCGCAGACACAACUUACACAGGUAACACACGAUACAAAACUCCCGAAACCAGACAAGCCUGAGCGAACGCAACAAAGGCACACCAUAAGUCACGCAGAUAGACACGGCAAGCAAACAAAUCGAUACCUAUGUACUGUAUCAAGCAGGCAAUAACCAACCAGCCUCUGCGUAGGCGACAAAAAACUCACAAAUGUCUGUAUGGAAAACGUAUGCCCCUGCGCGGGCAAACAAUGCCUCAAUACUCGCACCGAUGUCACCUGCAAAUGCAUUACGAUAACAAUGGAGAAAAUUGACACAGUCAAUAACACAUGCAGACUCUAACAGACACAACAGAAAGUCGAAAACUUCUAACAGACGCAAAACAUGCAGGGACCUGCCGAGCACAACAUCUACAUGAUGAGGUCCAAACACAUAUUAUAUAUUAAUGCACAGAAGCCUAAAAACUAACAUGCUCCAUAUGUUAUGAUUAAAGCUGGGAAUGCUCCUGUACUUUCGAUUAUGGCUUAAUGACCGCAUCUAACCAGCAAGCAGAUUAACCUGCAUCAGCACAGGCGACAAUUUUGCAUCCACUCACCAGCAAACACACAACACUUGCACACACCAGCCAACUCAAAACACCUAUUUAACACUCUAACUGAACUACAAAGGCUACACAGUACAUAAAAGUAUAGAGCACAAAACAACCGACUGUGAAUCAAUAUUAAUAAUAAUAAUAAUAAUAAAAAAAAAAAAAAAGUUAAGAUAAACAGGCUAAGAUGGAUCCGCCUCUGCGCAGGCACCGAAGAUAUAUACUGUGUUAACCAAUGCUUAAGCCCCUGCGUGGGCACUCACUUGCUUUAUUACAAAACAGUUUGACGUGUGAACUUAUGUUAUGCAUACAAUAAAAAUAUUCAACACAAACCAUUGUGUGUAAAUCUAUUCACAAGCAGGACUUUACAUAGGAGGUACUAUACACAGAGGGACUUCCACGUUCUUAGAACCCGAAAAGUGUUUUAAGCAACGCUAGACGUCCUCACGCUAUGCGAGGAACUCCAGCGUUGUCGAAAUCCCCAUAGGUCUAAUGUGCGGCCAUUGCCGGGCAUGCGCAUUAGGUCUCCCCUGCUGGCUGACGUCGGCGGGGGAGGAGAGUAGGGACAUUGGCGCUGGACUCGGGUAAGUCACUAAAAGGGUUUCAACCUGUUCUGCAACUUGGGGUGGGGGGUGAGAGGGAGAUGGGCACUGCAGGGUCCUGCAGUGCCAGGAUAACUGUUUUCCUGGCCCUGGAGUGUCCCUUUAACAAUUUAUCACCGUUUUCUAUUUAGUGAAUAACCUGUGUUGUAAGAGAUGGUUAUAUUAUGGUUAUACAGCAAAAACCGUGUAGUGACAGGCUAUACUCACCAGAACUACUACAUUAAGCUGUAGUUGUUGUGCUGGUGACUAUAGUGUCCCUUUAAGUGAAAGUUCAGUUAUUCACCCUGCUAACAUGAUGGCUAUUCUGGGAGGAAGCAGGUUGUGUCCUGUUUUAAUGAGAGGUUUAUUUUGAUGGGUUAGAGGAAUUGCCAUUAUAUGAUACAUUGACUCAAUGAUUGGAUUUCCUUGCAGGGAAGCAGACCGUGUUAUCCUUACGAUGUGUAAGGAGAAAGGAGCUCAGGAUGAAACAUUUGAUGCAAUCUCUUCAAAACUUGGAAACAAGACUCCAGCUGAGGUGGGUAAACACUCUGCACUCCUGCUUUGAGAUUAAAGGAACAUUAUAGUCUCAGGAAUAUAGAUGUGUAUUCCUGACACUAUAGUUGUAAUAACCCUAUUUAUGCUUAUAAAGGCUUUAAAGGCUGAGAUCAGUUACCUUUAUUCCAGCAUCUCUCCAGUCCACCUUUUUGGCUGAGAUAAACGAUUUUGAUUAUCUCAGCCAAUCCAACGCUUUCCCAUAGGAAAGUAUUGAGAGACUAGUGUGCAUGCUCAGCAAAACACUGCACCAAUCCGAAGUUCCUCAUCGAGAUGCAUUGAAUUAAUGCAUCUCUCUGGCGAGCAUUCAGCAUCUCCAUGCAGAGCAAGAAGACACUGACCAUCUGAGUGACUGCUGCUGGAGGUGUUCCUAGGGAGCACUGUAAACACUGCAUUUUCUCUGAAAACCCUGCAGGGACAGGUUAGACCAAACAGAACCACUACAUUAAUGCAACAGCUCAUUAGAUUCCUAAUGGGGAGAGUGUAUAGGGUUUCCAUCAAUUCUAUUCAUAGAGUAUAUACCUGUAUAUUCACAAUGUGAAAUGGGUACAUUGUGUAUAACCGUGCAAAGCAUCCACUUUCUCUAUGGUUAUCUUCAUCUUGCUGAUUUUAUGUGCCCAUGACCAGACCGCGGUGGCCAUGGGCCAAGGCCGUCAGGGAGAUCACAAUAUCUCCCCUGCAGGGCCAAUGCUAUCCGAGCGCCGGCCCUGCAGUAGUCCAUGGCGGGCCGGUGGUGAGAUCAAAGAUCUUCCUCACCGGCCCACAUACAGUAUACUGCGGCCGCCGGGGGAGAGAGUGAGGGACCAAGAGAGGAACCCGGGGGAGCUCUAACUUACAGCUCCGCCGGGUUCCUCUCGCGAGAUUCAGGGCGUUGCCAUGGAGUUCACUCACCACUAGGGAUGGAUGCCAGCAGCAGCAGCAGGAUCCCCCCUCCCAGGCAUAAGGAAAGCAGGGAGGGGGGAAAUAAUCACCCAUGUCACAUCUCACACACUUAACCCCAUGACAUUGAUAGCAUCCACACACCGGACCCCUGACACUCACAUACAGCUUCCUCACACGCACCCAGCACGCACAAAUUUCAAGCAAACACAGUGCAAGCAUGUGAUUAAAUGGCUUGCGCCGUGCAGAACAAAUACAGGGUCUUUUUCUAAUGCUAGAGCUCUUCAGCAGUGCUCUGCGCAUGAUCUACCCUGGAAGAGCAUUGAACCAACAUGCUCACUUUGUGAUGACAAAGCACACCCUAUCUGGCCCUGCCCCCUUUUUAGUGGGCUGCUGUAAUUAAAAAAUGCCCGGGACGAAUUUUCUUCCCAGUCUGGCCCUGCCUAUGACGGCUUCAUUUCAAUGUAGUUAUAGGGGUUGGGUCACUAGUGCCCUCUUAUUUUUAGAGGUUAUACAGUUAUACUAAGGUUGGCACCCUUGGAUACUCAUCCUCCCGGCGCUAUAGGCAAGUUUGUUUUGACGACUGGUGCUAAGCUAAAAGUAGGUGGUUUAAUUGACUCCAGGUCCUAUAGCCACCUCAAUAAGUGGCCAAGAGUGGCCCUUUAAUAAAAUAAACUCACACCAAAUAUACUGCAUGUGCAAGCAGCACAGAAUUGACAAACUACAUUUAUGUAACAUGGCAAAGUAAUAUGUAUUGUCAUCUCUACAUAGGUUCCCUUCAGAGACUGACAAGCCUUUAGUUGUUCAUAUUUGUACAAUGUAUAUAAAACAGCCAUAUUUGAACAUAUAUACACUCUAUAAUAAUAUACAAAUGUGCUGAAUCUGACAGUCAUAUUGUUAUAGCAGAAUUUGUUUGUGGGUAGUAAAACUGAUGACGGAGGGAGAAGAGAGAAUGUUUUUAUUAAUUUAUGAUUCCUUUUUCUCAGGUCUGUCAACGUUUCAGAGAGCUUGUCAAUCUUUUCCUGGCAGCAUGUGUUACUAGCUCCGAUGAAGAAGAGGAAGUGGCCGAGCAGAUAUCUGAGGAGGAGGAUUAG